AUGGCGGAAGGAUUACUCCGAAUCCAAGGAGUUGCGUAUUUCGUCCCCACUGCGAUGGUGCUCCCCGACCUUUUGAUUAUUGAGGGGAGGGGAUGGGAGAGUCACUUCGGAUAAAAAUUCUGGCAAACAGACUUACAACGAAAACAUUAUUCUUGCGUACAGGUGUAAGUCCUAUAUUUAAGCUAGCCUGUUCCCGGCGUUCAGAUAGUAGAGCGCGGGAGAAAAAUUCACGAAGAGAAAAAAACGAAAACAAGGAACAACUAGAAACAGUGCGAGCACAAAGAGUGUUCUUUAGGCCCCGUCUACAGGUAUCUGAUUUUGUUUGAAAACGGAGGUAUUUUUCUCCGGUUGGGCCCACCGUCCACACGGAUUCUGUGUAAACUGUCACCGAAAACGCCUCUUUUCAAAAACGGUUAGUUCUCCUCGUCCCCACUUCAAGUCACAAGACACCUUCCACCCCCGCUUCGAAAUGAGUUUACCAUUCACUGGAAGCCGAGACAAGUGAUUUUAAAUUAAGUUUUUGCCGUGUACUCUUGUUCUUGAAUACAGCCACAGUAGUCUUCCCUAUAUUUAAAUUGAUCUACCGGUACAUCUGUAUCUAUUUCUUAAUAUGUAUCUAUUUCACGAACUUAUUUCUAAGCACUUCCCGAAACAGCACAAAUACCACAGCCUUUUCAACAAGAAUAACGUCAAAGUUAGCUACAGCUGUAUGGACAACAUGAAAUCGAUCAUCAACAAACACAACAAGAAAGUAACUAAUGCCGACAAUGACACCAACUCAGAUAACCAAGUACAAUGCAAUUGCCGUAACAAAGACCAAUGCCCGCUUGACAACAAAUGCCUGACCUCCAGUGUAAUCUGCAACGCACAAGUGACUACAAACAAUGCAACCAAGAACUAUAUCGGACUGACAGAAGGAACGUUUAAACAAAGAUUUUCACAACACAAAGCGACAUUUAAACACAGGAAAUACACGAACAGCACCGAACUCUCCAAUUACAUCUGGAAACUACGUGACCAUAAUCAAGACUUCAACAUCAAAUGGACUAUAAUCAGCCGUGCAAGACCCUACAACAACAUUUCUAAACGAUGCGACCUAUGCUUAACAGUGAAACUAAUGAUCAUUACUGCAAACCCCGACAGAAUCCUAAAUAAAAGAUCAGAACUGAUUUCCAAGUGCCGCCACGAAAACAAGUUUUACCUUAGGAACAAUUGACUCAAAAACAACACUCUAUUAGUUUUUCCUCACACCUAAUUGUAAUUAGAACCGCACUGCCCUGCUUUUUGUAAUCAAUAGAAGCGUGUAUAUGUAUAACUUGAUAGGUUUAUUCUCCAUUAAAUACUGUCUGAUGAGUGCGUGAGCACGAAACUCGGAGUAACAGAGAAUUUUGUCUCUUCGUUAUAUCUUCUAUUUCUCGAUAUAGGAGUAGUUAUACACUCACCAUGAAUGAUUAGACCACUGCCUCCCAAUACACGCCUAGUAAAGUGGGCUUCCCUGCUUGGGUGAACGACACCUGUUAUUCAGGCUAUAUAUUUUUGAAACGGUACUGGCAUUUUUUAUUAGUGUUUUUUUUUUAGUAAAAAAUGCAUUAUUUAUUUCCCGUUAAACAGUCCCAACGAACAGCACUGUUGUCACUCAAGGAGAGAUAUUCAGUUCACGCGCGUCGUGGCCAACGACCGGUACACAACAGGAAAUGAACCAUUGGUCGACAGCAGCUCCGAAAGCGCUUCAGGUAAGAAGAAGUGCUUUCCAUUCAACAAAAAAUUCCGAAAAUUUUGGUUCGUACAUCAAAUGGAACGGGUCAUUUGGGUUUGCUCCGACCUAAAUAUUGGGGACCAGCUUCGAAGGUAGUCCACUUUGACCGAAAUUUCAAACCGAAAUUUUUGUUGAAUUGAAAGCGCCCAAGAACUGCCACUAUAGUAGCAGUGACAACCAGUUUUUAUGCUAAGCAACUGGGACACACAUCUCUUCUGCUUUUAUCUGUCAAGCAUUUGCCAACAGCAGCGACCUUGGAAAGGCCUCAGGUAGCAAGGACUUCCAUCAUGAUAGCAGGUUCGAUAAGAGGUAACUCUAAGAAAUUGGGACACAAAUCUCCACUGAUGUCGUCCACUAAGGAACUAUCAACUUAUUCAAGGUCAUCGGCCAUGGCAACCCCUCAUUUAACAAGCUCUUGCAAGGAAACCUUUUUGUCAGCUUAUUCUACAACCAAACUGUUGAGAAAAGCGACUUCGUCUCCCCUGUCGAGCCGCGUUGCCGGGGAUACAGGAAAACUGGCAUCAUCUGUUGCCACAGCAACAGGUAAGGAUAAUAGGAUAUAAACGGCCGGAGCAUAACCGGCGCGAUUUGCACACGUUUUUAAGCACGGCACAUGUUAGCAGUUCCGUGUGGUAUUUGCAAAAAACCUCUAUAUGUAUGUGUUACGGUUCCAAUUUCUGAUUUUGGCUUAAAAUGUUUGAACCUCGGUCGAUUCUCAAUUUCUUUUGUCUCCUAGGGCGAGGAGGCAAAGGAAAUUGAGAAUCAAUAUAGGUUAAAUCAAAAUUAAUCUGAAAACAAAUUUGAUCUUUAACAUAUGUAUUAAAAUGCAUCGAAAAUAUUUUUUGAACGCCGGGCACAUUUUCAAAGCCGUGGUGCAUAAAUUAGUGAAAAAAGUCUAGAUGAUAUGUAAUGUUACAAUGCUGCUAAAUAGUCAGUCAUAUUUCUCUGCUUGGAAUUUUUGGGUAUUUUCUUGUUUGCGAUCGAAACAACUAAUUACCUUCUUGGUACAGUCGAACCUCUCUAAUACGGGACAGAGCAAAGUGUCCGUAUUAGAGAGGUGUCCGUUUAAAAGAGGUCACUACAACGACGUCACUUCUAUGACUCCACUUACAGUUUUUAGUGUUCAGUAGCUAAAACCAGGCUCACACUCGUCUUUAAACGGCAUUUAAAUUUAUCAAUUCACAGUACAAAGACACUGUCUUUCAGUAGCAUAUAUACGACAUUGUACAUCUCAGCUACAAAGUAAGCACAGUCGUAGACUAAUCACUGUUUUAAAACGAAACGAGCUACAGCGCAAUGCUGUAAGUAAAAAGUUGUAACGUAAAGCACAAUUCUGAAAGCGCCUUUCGCUAUUUUGCAAGUGCAGUAAACAGUAACUAGAGUACAAAAUGUAAUAGAAAAGAUCUUUAUGCUAUCUGUAGUUAUUCAAGCCUUAAAAAAGUCGGUUAUGUUCCUCUGUACACCUAUCGCAAACCGUUGUUUGAUAUAUAACGACUGGGCUUUUGAAAUAGCCUUGCAUAGCUCAUCAGCUAGACGGGAUUUACCCUGUGCAGACUCACCUGAUCGGAAUUCGGAAUUCACCUGAUCACCGCAGUGUCCGUAAUAAAGAAGUUAAAUUUAUGUGAAUUUACUCUCUGGGGCCGAGAUUUAGUGACCGUUGUCCGUAUCGAGAGUCCGUAUUAUAGAGGUUUUUUUAAAGAAAAUAUAUGAAAAUUUUGUUGGGACAUUGGAAGUUGCCCGUAAUGGAGAGGUGUCCGUAUUAGAGAGGUGUACGUACCGAGAGGUUCGACUGUCUCAUUUUCGCGGGUCUUUAAUUUCGCGUCUUUCGCGAUUGUAAUAAAAAGGUACAACUCUCUGCUAAAUCUUAAUUGAUUUUAACAGAUUUAGAUAUAUCUUAGCCAGUGAGAAAAACGCGUAUUCUUUAUAAUAUGCACGUGUACAGUAAUGUCUCAGUUGUUUAUUACAGUCGAGACUCAUUAAUAAACUGUUGAUCACGAAUAACGCCGAAAAGUGCCAGCCAAUUGCUAUAAAAUUUGAUUUCAAGCUAUUAAUUUGUGAUGUUCUCAUAGCUUGAGAUUGCACGGCAGCUUUUUGCCCACUUCACUAAUUUUAAGAACGGGUUUUGCCUCGGUAAAGUUACAUAAAACGAGCUUGUCAUGAGUACUUUACAGAGGAUAGAGAAGAAACACGAAUCGAUUGUCUGUUUCAACUUGAUAAAGCACGAAAUAUGUGUUAUUAAAUGGCUUGAACAAUUUCUGUAAAAGAUCUUUUCAUUUCCCCCCAAAUCCUUGGCCUGAUGAUUAUUAAAAACUGAGGCUUGUUAACGUUUUCUCAUCAUUUGUUUCUGUCAAAAAUACCUUUCAUUGUUCCGCAGCGACCUUUGCCAUUUAUGCUCUCUACCUUUUCAGUGUCUUUUCUUAUAUUUUGCAUCUGCUCUUCAUUCUCCUUCCUUCGGACUUAACACGGCGUGUCGGGAAAAGGUCUGCUACCAGAUAACAAUCAUCUCGCUGGCUCAAAUUAUUAAUGAAUAUUUGCACUUCAUUUUUAAGAUUGCAAUGAUGCUCUGGGCAUGGAGAGAAGUGAUAUAUCUGAUGGGCAAAUUACGGCCUCUACAGUGUGGGACGUCAAUCAUGCGGCUGUCCAGGGAAGACUGCAUUAUUUAGCAACACCCAGUAAAGCAGGAUCCUGGUCAGCUAGGUUUAAUAACCUCGAUCAGUGGCUACAAAUUGACCUAGGUAAUCAGCUCACCAGAAUAACUGGUCUAGCAACGCAAGGAAGAAAUAAUUUUGGACAGUGGGUUACUAAAUACAAAGUGCAGUACAGCGACGACGGUGCCAACUUUCGGUACUACUCUGACCAAUGCGAAAUUAAGGUAGUUUAUCGUUUAUAACAUUAUCUUAAUCACCAUCAUCAUCUUCAUCAUCAUCAUCUUGUAUCUCAUUAUGUUGGUGCUGUGUGUGUGCGGCUUGUCCAGUGCAGGAUUACUUUUGCCUAUCUGUCAAUUUAAUUUGAUUACAGAUAGCAAGACUUAAUUAACAGGUAAUUGAUAGGGUGUUAUCCUUAAUAUAACCUCUGUAAAAUAAGGGUGCAACCUAGACUACGAGUAGUCCCCCAUUUUUCCUCAGGUAUAGUAGAGCGAGCGAAACGCGAGCGCGCGUGAAAAUCACCCCACGCGAGAAAAGGCGACAACCUAGUGCUCUUCAAGGAAGUACGUGGUCUUGGUGUUUUGGAAAAAAAAAUCGGUGUAAUCGCUCGUGUUUGAAGAAGUAUCAACAUGUAACUGGUAACUUAAGCAUAGGCGAACGGGUCGUUUAAGGAGGGAGGGGGGGGGGGAAGGUGGUGUGGCGUUGAACAAUUUGCCAAAAAAAUUCUCGCAAGUUUCCCGAUUUUUUACGAAACGGUCGAUGCACUAACAAAGGCCUUCAUGUGAAGUGAAAAUAUUCUUACACAUGAACAUAAAUCUAUCAUAUGGGUUCAUAAAACACGUUAAAAGAAAUCAGGAUCUGCCAUUUUGACGAUGAAAGAUAUCAUUGAUAAGAUCUAUGACUACAGAGUUGGCAUAUGCCCUUUCAAUAUUAAUAAGUGCGCUGUUACCGACACGUUGUUGCUCCAUGUGCUGCGGAGGCAAGUUUUCAAUCUGCGCAAAGCAAUGAAUGAUCGUUGUGCAGAACGCGAUGUAGCAGGCAUCACUGCAGGGAUAUGUACCAAAUAAGAAAACUCUGAAAACAUAUCAAAUAGAUCAUUCUCGUGCAUUGUCUCCAGCAUUUCUGAAACAGUCAUCAAGUAGCCUAAUCCGCGCACAAGACGAAAAUUCGCCUACAUUUUCUACUCGGCUUCCAGAGUCUCGCCGUCGAUUUUUGUAAGAUUUAGCACCGCGGGAGAAGCUCCCUUUAUCAGUUGUUUCACUGUGACAGAUAUUUUCCAAAGCACAGAGUAUUUCCUGAUCAUUUCCGCUGAACCUGAGCUCAAGCUCGGACAGCACCUUGUUGAUGGACGCAUAGUAAGUGUUAGUACGGUGGUACGAUUCCAGUGUCAGCUGCGUUGGUCUUUGCACGUGUUCACCUACAAGGACUUGAAGGCAGCGCGAUGGCAUUUGUCUGGGUGCAAUGGCUUCUCGUAAUUCAAACUGAGAAUUGGUCAGUUAUUUUUGAUUUUCAGACCCACUGCUGAUGCUAUUUAGCAUACGCUGUUGCAACUUUUUUCACUCCGACACUGGUGCAGGGUCUGAAUGGUCAUGUCGGCAUUUCUACGAGCGAAGAUGACGUCGACCGUGUUCCUCUGAAGAUAUCGGCUCAGGUUAUUAGUGUUGCUCAGGAUUACUUUCAGCACACACAGUCCGAAGAUAAACUCCAUGUUGCAAAUGGCGGUCAAUAAGGUUCUGCUCUCAGAGUAGGUUUUCGGAUCUUUGUCUGCGGACAGCCCAAGCAGGGCUUUUACAAUGCGUUCCAUUUGCCCGUAUACGGCCUUUCCGGCUUUCAUGACCAUCGCGGGGCACUCAAUGACUUCAGCGUCAGUUUCAGAUCCUCACCUCUUUCUUGAUCUGUGUCACUAUCUGGAGGACAAAAAACAAAAGAAACUUACCCCAUUAGACCGGGGUACCCCACUACAUGAAAACAGGGUCUAAGAAGCAGAACUUUAUUGGCAAAACUGUUAAGGAUGAUCAUGUUAACAGUGCUACUAACUGUUGUGGCGCAAUAGAUAACGCGUUCUCUUAUCACGUUGAUCGUCCAGGGUUCGACUCUCGCCGUCGGAAGUUUUUUUUCUUUUUCUUUUUUUUGUCUUUUUGUUUUAUUUUGUUUGUUUUUUUUUUCGUAAAAGAUAUUUUCAUUUUUUGACAAACUUAAAAUAUACCGGUAGCACCAAUUGCAGGUUCAUUAACAGCCUUCAUUUCUAAAAUACGGUAAUUAAUAAUCCACAAUUUAGCCUUAGGCACCCUUUAAUUUGCAUUCGGAACAGGUAACACGAUGGAGAGAGCACCGAUAACGUUCUUGUGGGGCUGGAUUCGACAUGUUUAAUAUGGCAAAAGGCGAAUUCUAAACAAAAAAUCGCAUGUAUGAUGCGUAUUUGUUUCCAGUGUCGCGCACAUUUAAACGAAACUAGGGGCGUGAAUUGCACUGGCUUUUCCAACGUAAAGCAAAUGGUAAAGCCAGUUAAAUUCACACCAGACAUUGGUUGCCUAGCACAUGCAUGACUCAGAUCUUAACAAUAAAAAAUUACAAAUAUGUAUAUCAACAUAUGAUCCACUUCUCUAAUAACCAUAAACUCAUUACGUGCUAGGCAAACAAUGUCUCGUGAGAAUUUAACUGGCUUUACCACGCCGACUUAAGGUUGAAAUAGAAAAUAUCUAUCUCUUCGAAAAAAAAACAUCGAAACUUCUUUAAAAAAUUUCUCCUGCUCGCCCCCAAAAUCUGACUUGCCCAAAUCUUGGGGGAGCUGCAGUGCCCCAGCACCCCCCGGUCCGUACGCCUAUACCUAAUCACAAAAAUAGAUUACUUUUUUCUUUCUUUCUUUUGCAUUCCUAAAUUUUUGCCAAUGAUGUCACACACAGAUACUUUAUCUGAGCCUCAAAUCGUUAUGCACAAUAGAGCUUUUCACAUGACAUUACGAAGCCAUAUUGGUGUUCCAAAACAAUGAAUCGGCAGCCACGUGGUGUUCCACAACAAUGAAACGGCAGCCAUGUUGGUGUUCCAAAACAAUGAAACGGCAGCCAUGUUGUUGUUCCAAAACAAUGAAACGGUGGCCAUGUUGGUGUUCCAAAACAAUGAAACGGCGGCCAUGUUGGUGUUCCAAACCAAUGAAACGGCAGCCAUAUUGGUGUUCCAAAACAAUGAAACGGCAGCCAUGUUGGUGUUCCAAACCAAUGAAACGGCAGCCAUAUUGGUGUUCCAAACCAAUGAAACAGCAGCCAUAUUGGUGUUCCAAAACAAUGAAACGGCAGCCAUAUUGGUGUUCCAAAACAAUGAAACGGCAGCCAUGUUGGUGUUCCAAAACAAUUAAACGGUAGCCAUGUUGGUGUUCCAAAACAAUGAAACGGCGGCCAUGUUGGUGUUGCACAAAAUAAAAAAGCGGCCAUAUUGGUGUUCCAAAACAAUGAAACGGCGGCCAUGUUGUUGUUCCAAAAGAAUGAAACGGCGGCCAUGCUGAUGUUCCAAACCAGUCCUUUAGGAGUUGAACUCUUUUCGUAUGUAAACGCUUUCUUUUGUUGCAAUAAAUUUGCAUAGAUGCUGGCACGUCAGUGAAAACGCCGUAUAGGCCAUUUGCACGAUGGUGUCAUUUUAAUACUACCACAGGAAUUCCCCUGGGUUUUGCUUUCUUGUGCAAAUUGGGGCUUUUGUUGUUUAAACCUAGCUAAGAUUACCAAAUUUAAAUAAUAAUUCAGAAAGUAAAAUCGAAACGAAUUCUGGUCUUAGUAGUAACAAGACGGCAUCGUACGAAUGACCUAUUCCCCAUUAUUAGUUUUUGAAAGGCAGUUACAAGCACAGUUGGUUUUUUAUAUCUAGGAGUUUCUUGGAAACACAGAUCCGGACACUGUGGUCAGGCACAGGCUCUACAGUGGAAUCAGGGCACGCUACAUCCGCUUUCGACCAACAGCCUGGCACAAUCAUAUAUCAAUGAGGGUGGAAGUGUAUGGGUGUAAAGGUAAUAGUAUUCGAUUUAAAGCAAUACAGUUAGUCCGUAGAACGUGUUCAAAAUUUCUUUUGUACGCGUUCAAUAAAAAAAAUACUUAUUAAAUAUUGUAACACGUUUGCAGUACGUAACAGUAAAGACCGGCCUAGCAUUCCCGUCGUUAAUUCACGGCUAAUGAAUUCAUUAAUACACCAAAUGCAAAUAUGUUUUCGUGCGUCUUCUCUUCCGAAGAGAAGUGAACAUUAUUAGGUUCGUUCUCUCUGUAACAGUAAGUUGCUUUGCAUCGCCGCGCCGAAUCGCUCGAAUCCAUUGCUUUCGUGAAAGUGAAAGUGAAAGUGAAGGUAAUCAACUUUUGCUCCUGCUGGAUACUACGAAACUGUUGUUAAGAAGUCUAGUUUAGUCAUAGAACUGAUGUCAGAUUUUUUCGCAUAAAUGAAUAUUUCUUUUUUCUUUUGUGCUAAAUAGUCCCGAGAAACGACACUGGUGUAACACAGGAACACAUGGUCACUUCGUGUCCGUCUUUUCCGAAGACUAGUACACAACGACAAGAAUCGACCUUUUCCUCGACAGCAGCCCCGACAACCCUUCAGGUAACAAGAAAUACCAAUAUGGUAUCAGGUGUAACUGGUGUCAUUUCUAAGCAACUGGGACACACUUCUGUACUGAUGUCAUUUUUGAAGGAACUGCCAACACGUUUACCAUCGGCUGCCAUGGCAACGCCUCAGUUAACAGGCACUUUCAAGACAAUUUUCUUUUCAGGUCGUGCUACUUCCAGCCUGUUAGGAAAAACAACUCUUACUUCCAUGUCAAGUCACAAUAUCGCGGAUAGUAUAGGAAUAACGGCUAAAGGUAGGUUUUCGUUAGCCUGAAAUUCAUCCGAUUGCUACAAGUCGUUUUCGCCUCUCAACAACGACCGGCUGAAUCGACCGGCUGUUAAUACCGUCCAGUGACGUCACUCACUACCCGAAAACCGGGUAGUGAUUUUGAUUGGUUGAUUGUCUAAACAUUCGCAAAAUUAUGUGUAAUUAUGAAAAAUUUUAGCGGGAUUGUCGCGUGAUAUUCAGCGGAUCCUAUCCCUGGCAUUCUUUCGUUUAGUUCAAACAUUUCGACAAGCUUAAUCUUUAUCUUAAACAGCAAAAUUGCCCUUGCCUUCGAAACUGAAAUGCUAAAUUCAUCUGCGAAUGAAGAAUCAUUGCGGAGAGUUAAGUAGGUUUUUCAUUUAGAGCCGCUCUGUGGUUUCGGCGGCCGGCGAUUUUGUUUACGCGAAGUUUUCCGAGAUCAGUUUUAUAAUUCGACCUUCUUGCUAUUUUUACCGUCAAGUGUAAUGAUUCUGUUAGCUUUUCUUUCUUGUUUCCUUGUUUUUUUUUCUUCGUUAAGGACCAAAUAGCUUUUUUUCAUUUAAAGCAAAUCAUUGUGUUUUGAACUAUGAAAGUGUUCCGUGUUUAUUUUAUUGCGUGAUUGCGACCGAGUUUGAUUAUAGAAUUUAGUACAACCGGUUCAGAGUUGUACUGCAUGCAGUUGAUAGUUUGAACGUUAAACAUGAAUUACAAUCGAAAAAAAUAAAGCAGUUCUGUAUCAUGCAGACAUUUGCAAACGAUAUUUCUCGGUUUGCCACUUGAAAAUCGUGUUUUACUUUUUGCAUGAAUUAAAGCAAAGGUCAAGGAGUAGUGACGUCACUGGACGGCAGUAACAGCCGGUCGAUUCAGACGUUACUGAGGGAGUACUAACUACUCGAAGUAAUCGGAUUAAAUUCAGGCUAGGUUUUCGUCGAAAGAAAAGGAAUUGCUGGCCCUUUACCUUGAGCUGUGUGAGAUUUUGUGCGACACGUUGUUCUAUAAGAAAAUGAAUAAGAAUCAUAGAAACAGAGACAGCGUAAGAGAGCAAAAGGGAAGGAUUAAAAUAAUACAAGGAAUUAUCGGGGAUUAGUAAGUCAGAGUUCGAACUUUUACCUUCUGAAUAGCAGCUGCAGAAACCAAGGAUUAGCACAGUCGGCUCUUUGUAAGUGGUUCCCAGUUCGAUUCCCAGAUGUGAUCUCAAAGUCUUGUUUCCUAAUUCCGUACAACUUUAAGUAGCUUUAUUCUAUACACGUAAAACGAAAAGUGAUGGAAAGAGAGGUGUAAAACUGCAGAAACCAAAUACACCAUCGGCCUCAGGUUUGUACUGCCGCUCGAGUUACUGCGGUAAAAUAAGGCCCUUUGCCUUUACAUGUUAUCUGUACGACUUUGAUUGGGGAGAUGGGUUUGACAGACAAAGUUUUUUCUAUUUUGAACGAAGAAUAAGCAUUUUCUUCACUGCCUGCUAAGCUCUUUUAAACAAUUGAAAAUAGCACAAUAGUACAAUGGCUCCAACCGGAACAACAAAAUACAUUGUUCAUUUUUAUUCCUCUAACGAAUUAACCAACACAGCGUUGCUGAAAUUUGAAAAAGAUCUCAAGGGCGCACGUAAUAUACAACUAUCGCCCGAAGGGGAGGUGAAGAGCGCUGCAUAUAUACCGAGACGCGAAGGGGGGGAUAGGGGCAUAGUUGUUUUAGUAUUUACCCAAUCAGUUGGAUGAAAAAAAAUAUAACUUUUUGCAGAUUAAAAGCGUCACUUAUUAGAAACUUUGUUUACAAUUUACAAACAGUUCGAGGAUUUUGUCAAGUGCAGUUUUAUGAUUUUGUUGCACCUUCAGUAUGAAAAUAAUUUUAUACCUACCAGUAAACACCGACAAGCCAAAGUUCGUCGCUUUCUUAGUAUUUGUUUGUAUGACUGCUUCAUUUAUCGCUCAAAUUUCGUCUUCCCAAAAAGGUUUUGAAACAAGACGCCAUCUUGACGCCGGUCGGAAAACAAUGAAUAGCCAAUGAUAUUGCGAGUUACGGGAGCCAAUCAAAACGCGCGAAAAUUGCUAUUCACUGAUUUGGUAAAUGCUAAUAGAAUUUAUUACUGCGGAUAUACAAUUAAUUUUUUUGGCAGAAUAUGUAACGAUACUGAGAUUCCCACGGGUGCUUUCCAAUAUGCAGUUCGCUAAAGUGAAUUUGCAAUGUUCGAUCGCCUGCCGAUUACUUAUUGCUUUAGUUUUGCAAACCAACAGUAAGGCCAGCUGAUUAUUGUUGUCCUUUGAGCUGUAAUUUAACCGAUUCUGAUUGGACGUCUUAGUUUUUCACGUGUGAAAAACAUUGUUUGCUUCUUUCAUUGGCUAGAACUUAGUUGUGUACGAAAAUUUACUUAUUCAAUAAAUGACUUUUUGCCACGAAAACCUAUAUUCAUAUCUUCUAGCUAACGUACAAUUCCUUUUUGUUAUAUGGAGUAUAUGGACAAUAAGUGUAGGGGGAAGAGAUGGAGCUUUUAUAAUUUUUCCAUAGGAGUAAUGACCGGCUUCUUGUCUUUACUUUUCGUAACCUUCUAGAAAGUCUCUGAAAAUCAUCAGAUCAUACUUCAUUUUUCAUUUUUGGUGUUCUUGCUCUCGGGAAUCGAGACCUCGCUACUCUAUAUGACCACUCCUAUUGCAUACGAACGAUACUCCACACGGUUGCCGGAUGAUCGGGUCAUAUCGGUUCUACAAUUGUUUUAGUUCCCAGGAAAAUACUCUCAUCCAUCUAAUAAAAACAAUGUUAAAUCGUGGGCGGUCUCGAAAUAACGUUUUCUCUUUUCUCUCAAAAGGCCUUUCAUUGUUCCGCAGCGACCUUUGUUUAUGCUCUCUAUCGUUUUCAGUGUCUUUUCUUAUUUUCUUGCAUUUGUUCUUCGCUGUUCCUUUUUAUUUUUUUCUUUUUCUUCGGACUCGCACCGCGAGUCGGACAAAAGUCUACUACCAUACAAGAAUCACCUCCCUCGUUUGUUCUUUGCCUCUGAGGAUUCACGUGUAUUUUCUUUAUAAAUAUUAAUGGGUGUUUGCACUUUAUUUAAAGAUUGCAACGAUGCUCUCGGCAUGGAAAGCGGCGUUAUAUCUGAUGGGCAAAUCACGGCCUCUACAGUGUGGGACGUCAAUCAUGCAGCUGUCCAGGGAAGACUGCAUUAUUUAGCAACACCCCGUAAAGCAGGAUCGUGGUCAGCCAUGUUUAAUAACCUCGACCAGUGGUUCCAAAUUGACCUAGGUAAUCAGCUCACCAAAAUAACUGGUUUAGCAACGCAAGGAAGAAAUAAUUUUGGACAGUGGGUUACUAAAUACAAAGUGCAGUACAGCGACGACGGUGCCAACUUUCGGUACUACUCUGACCAAUGCGAAAUUAAGGUACUUUAUCGUUUAUAACGUAGAUUCACUGGAAACUCAACAUUUCUUAACCACCAUUAUCAUCAUCAUCAUCAUCAUCAUCAUCAUCAUCAUCAUCAUCAUCAUCAGCAUCAUAAUCAUCACCAUCAUCUCAUCAUCUAGUAUGUGAUUAUGCUGGUGCUGUGUACGUGCAGCUUCUCCAAUUCAGGAUUAUUUUUGCCAAUCUUUCAAUUUUUUAUUACAGAUAAGAAGGCUUAGUUAACAGGUAAUUGAUAGGGUGCUAUACGUAAUAUAGACUCUAGAAAAUAAGGGUGUAACCUAGAGCUCUUCAAGGAAGUACGUGGUCUUGGUGGUUUGGAAAAAAUGUCGGUGUAAUCGCUCGUUUUUGAAUAAACAAUAAUAUGUAACUGUUAGCGACUUUUAACUUAAGCAUAGGUGAACGGGCCGUUUAGGGGGUUGAGGGGCGUGGUUGGGCGUUGAACACUUUGCCGAAAAAAUUCUCCCAAGUCGCCCGAAUUUUUGCGAAACAGUCGGAAAAAAACGAGGGUCAUAGGAUGCACUAACAUAGGCCUUCGUAUGAAGUGAAAAUAUUCUUACAUUUGAAAAAAAAAGUCUUUCAUAUGGGCUCAUGAAACACGUUAAAAGAAAUAGCUGUAUCUGCCAUUUCGACGGCGGAAGAUCUCAUUGAUACGAUCUAUGUCAGUGUUGACUACAGAGGUGGCGUAUGCCCUUUCAAUAAUUGCGAUGUUAACAACACGUUGUUGCCCCAUGUGCUGCGAAAAUAAGUUUUAAAUAUGCGCAAAGCAAUGAAUAAUCGUUGUGCAGAACGCGAUGUAGCUGGUAUCACUGCAGGGAUAUGUACCAAGUAAAAAAAACUCUGAAAACUUAUCAUAUAGAUUAUUCUCGUGCAUUGUCUCCAGUAUUUCUGAAAAAGUCAUCAAGUAGCCUAAUCCGCCCACCAGAGGAAAUCUCGCCUACAUUUUCUGCUCGGCUUCUAGAGUCAUAAAUCGCGGUCAAUAAGGUUCUGCUCUCAGAGAAGGUUUUCGGAUCUUUGUCUGAACACAGCGCGAGCAGGGCUUUUACAGUACGUUCCAUUUGCCCGUAUACGGCCUUUCGGGCUUUGCACUGGCAUGACCAUCACGGGGCACUCAAUGACUUCAGCGUCAGUUUUAGAUUCUCACCUUGUACUUGAUCUGUGUCACUAAACAGUACGUGUCGUUUGAGACUCGCUUCUAAGAAGAGCCUGUAUAAUCCCCAGGACGCUUCCCAAUGGUUCAAUCUGUGUCAUAGCACUCUGCCAUUCUUUUUGAGAGUCCCUUGUGUACACCGUUCAUAUUAGCUGCCCUAUCGAGUGUUUUACCAACAACGUUUUUAAGGUCCAGAUUGAGUUCAGUGAUAGCAGCUUUCACCAGUUCAUACUGACAGUUCUUCCCCUUCGGUUGAUUUCGUGGAGUAGAAACCGAUGAAUGCUUUUUUCUUCGUUCCAUUCAGUGCGAAUCUAAGGCAAAGUGAAACUUGUUCUGUUCUGCUAAUGUCUGAUGUUUUGUCGGAGAUGAUAACAUAUAACAUCCACUGGCUCGCACUUUGUUUGUGAUACGCACGCGAAUGAAUGCCGCGAUAAUUUGGAGCAGUUCGUUUUGUAUCAAGGGAGAUGUCCACUAUGCGCGCUUCUGAAGGUGGAUAUGGAUUUUAUCCUUCAGCCAAGCUAUGUCCUUGCACUGCAAGUGAAUUAGUUCCAGAAAAUUACCUCUAAUUACAUCACUGCUAUUACUCAAACUAUUACAUUGUUCCUCGAUGUUCUGUUGGGUCUUGAACAUGAGACAUUCAAUGAUAACUUUCAAGUAGUCGCCACUUUCCUUCACAUAUUGUUUGUGUGAUUCCUGGAGUUUGCUCAGUAUGGAAGUAUUUCUCUUCUUAUUUGCUCUGCUCUCAAUCCAUUUCGCUAUGGACGUUUGAUGUUUCUCGCUCUUGUUGGCCUUAAACUAUUUCUGGCAUGGGUAGUAGUACUCUCUCUUCGUUUCACAGUUGUAGUUCAGCUGUAGAUAUCGUCUGUACCAGACUAGAAUUUUUAGGGCCGUAGCACUUUAAGAUCUGUUGCUGAGUACCUUCGUCUAUAUCACUGGUCUUUUGGCACCACUAUAUAAAUCACUAUACACAUUGGUAUCGAAGGAAGAAUUGUACGCACUAUCUACGAUAUCUGACUUAUCUGCGCAACAUUAUCCAUGAUAACUGACUUAAAAGAUUUUUCCGGAACACUAUUAUCAAUGACAACUGAAAUGGAUAUAUCCCAAUUAGCACUAUGCACGAUUUCAUAGUUAGCACCAUUAUCUACGAUUUCUGUCGCAUCCGGAGCACCAGUAUCAUUGUCAGCACCAUUACCUGUGCUUUCGAUAUCAUGAUAUUUGACUUAUCCAAAUUACCUUUAUCCGUAAUUUCUGAUUCAUCUGCUAUAUCUGUACUGCUGUCGUUCUGAAGACCUGAGUCAACAUUUUUGGCGUCAGUUUUACUGCAUUUAAGCAUACUGAUUGUUUCAUCGCCGCCAGUGAAACCUUGUUGCGAUUGAUUUGGCGCAAGCGAGAAACAGUAAACUUAACUUUCUUGCCUAUAUACUUAGUUCUUGCAUGAACGUCUGGGUACUCAUGAUCAGCAACGAUGUCUUUUUUGCAUUCGGAACAGGUAACGCGAUGGCGAUAGACCGUAUAACGUUUUUGUGGGGCUGGAUUCGACAUGUUUAAUAUGGCACGAGGCGAAUUCUAAACAAAAAAUCGUGUGUAUGAUGCGUAUUUGUUUUGCACAUUUAAACGAAACUUUGGGCGUGAAUUAAACCGGCUUCUUGCACGUAAAGCAAAUGGCAAUUAAAUUCACACGAGGCAGUGGUUGCCUAGCACAUGACUCAGAUCUCCUAAGGGUCUCCAGUCGAUAAAGUAGGAUACGAUUGUAGAAAGUUAUGCUGAAACUGAUCCUAAUUAGUUCCCGACAGGAAAUACCCCACACCGGCUAGUGCAGUACAGUUGGGCGCCUAACAAAUAUUUGUAUCAACAUAUGAUCUCCUUGUCUAAUAACCUAAAACUCAUCACGUGCUAAGCAAACACUAGGUUGAAAUAGAAAAUAUGUAUCGAUUCAAAAAAAAAAAAAAAAACACGGAAACUUCUUAAAAAAUAUAUUCCUGCUGCCCCCCAAAAUCUGAGUUCCCCAACGUUUGAGCCCCCAUCCCCCCGGCACGCACGUCUAUCAGGCUAAAUACAAAAAAAGUGUGCACUCUUUUAUUUCCUUUGCAUUCCUAAGUCUUUGAUAUAUCACGGUGUUCGGUUGCUAGGGCUUUUCUUCCAUGUACCUCUCAAAACUGAGAGUUUUAGGCCAUAGACAGAAGUAGACCGCAUCAAAUGUGACAAAACUUGGCAGGGACGAAGGUUGAUAAAUUAGGUACCUGUUAAUUGUUUUUUUUUCAUACCAUGUGACUGCUAUUGUGACGUCAAAAUGAUGUCCACAUUUGGCACCAGAAAGGAAGGAAAGGAAGGGUGAAAAUUUUAUAUUAGUUAUCUGUAUAAAAUUCUACGAAUUUGAAAUGACCCUUAUUUUGACCAUAUAUGGUCAUUUGGCGGUAAAUUUGAUUUUCUUUAAUUAGCUGUAACUUCACGCCAUUUUAUUCGAUUGAGAUCACUAUAAAUAAUUUUGUUUGUGCAGCAAAAAUGUCUGUAAUAGUUUGAAUACUGCUUACCAAAUUUAUAGUGUUGAUACUAAUAAUAGGUCCCACUUAUGACGUCACACUUUCAAGAAACGUGAAAAAUACCUUUACAUUGGUAAAAAGUUAAAGAAAAUUUUUCACUAAUUAAGAUUUUUAAUGUCUUGUUUCAUUUGGAAUAAAAACUACUCCUCUGUGAGCCAAAAAUUGAAUUUAAGAAGUUGCGGGAGGCAAAGUCCUAGCAACCGACCAUCGUGUAUCACACACAGAUACUUUUUCGGAGCCUCACAUAGUUAUGCACAGUAGAGCUUGUAACAUGACGUUACGAAGCCAUAUUAGUGUUACAAAAAAAAAUGAAACGGCGGCCAUGUUGGUGUUCCAAACCAAUGAAACGGCGGCCAUGUUAGUGUUCCAAAACAAUAAAACGGCAGCAAUGUUGGUGUUCAAAAACAAUGAAACGGCAGCCAUGUUGGUGUUCCAAAACAAUGAAACGGUGGCGAUGUUGGUGUUCCAAAACAACGAAACGGCGGCCAUGUUGGUGUUCCACAACAACGAAACGGCGGCCAUGUUGGUGUUCCACAACAACGAAACGGUGGCCAUGUUGGUGUUCCACAACAACGAAACGGCGGCCAUGUUGGUGUUCCAAACCAAUGAAACGGCAGUCAUAUUGGUGUUCCAAAACAAUGAAACGGCAGCCAUGUUGGUGUUCCAAAACAAUGAAACGGCAGCCAUAUUGGUGUUCCAAAACAAUGAAACGGUGGCCAUGUUGGUGUUCAAAAACAAUGAAACGGUGACCAUGUUGUUGUUCCAAAACAAUGAAACGGCGGCUAUGUUGGUGUUCAAAAACAAUGAAACGGCGGCCAUGUUGUUGUUCCAACAGAAUGAAACGGCGGCCAUGCUGAUGUUCCAAACCAGUCCUUUAGGAGUUGAACUCUUUUCGUAUGUAAACGCUUUCUUUUGUUGCAAUAAAUUUGCAUAGAUGCUGGCACGUCAGUGAAAACGCCGUAUAGGCCAUUUGCACGAUGGUGUCAUUUUAAUACUACCACAGGAAUUCCCCUGGGUUUUGCUUUCUUGUUCAAAUUGGGGCUUGUGUUGUUUAAACCUAGCUUGGAUUACCAAGUUUAAAUAAUAAUUCUGAAAGUAAAGUCGAAAAGAAUUCUGGUCUUAGUAGUAAUAAGAACGCAUCGUACAAUUGGUCUGUUCCCCAUUAAUAGUUUUUAAAAGGCAGUUACAAGCACAGUUGGUUUUUAUAUCUAGGAGUUUCUUGGAAACACAGAUCCGGACACUGUGGUCAGGCACAGGCUCUACAGUGGAAUCAGAGCACGCUACAUCCGCUUUCGACCAACAGCCUGGCACGGGCAUAUAUCAAUGAGGGUGGAAGUGUAUGGUUGUAAAGGUAACAGUAUUGGAUUUAAGGAAAUGCAGUUAGUCUGUAGUACGUGCUGAAAAUUUCGUUUGAAUGCGUUCAAUUAAAAACCUAGUUAUUAAAUAUUGUAACACGUUUGCAGUACGUAACGUUAAUUCACGGCUAAUGAAUUCGUCAAUACGUUCAGUGUAAAUAUGCUUUUGUGCUUCUUCUCUUCUGAGGAGAAGCGAACAUUAUUAGGUUUGUUUUCUCUGUAACAGUAAGUUGCUUUCUGUCGCCGCGCCGAAUCGCUUGAAUCCAUUGCUUUCUUCGUGAAAGGACCUUAGCAAAGUAAAGGUAAUCAACUUUCCCUCCUGCUGGAUACUACGAAACUGUUGUUAAGAAGGCUAGUUUAGUCAUGAAACUGAUCUCAUAUUUUUUUUGUAUAAAUGAAUGUUUUUUUUUUCUUUUGUGCUAAACAGUCCCGAGAAACGACACUGGUGUUACACAGGGACACAUGGUCACUUCGUGUCCGUCUUUUCCAAAGACUAGUACACAACAAGAAUCAACCUUUUUGUCGACAGCAGCCCCGACAACCCUUCAGGUAACAAGAACUACCAAUAUGGUAUCAGGUGUAACUGGUGUCAUUUCUAAGCAAAUGGGAGGCACAUCUGUACUGAUAUCAUUCUUGAAGGAACUGCCAACACGUUUACCAUCGGCUGCCAUGGCAACGCCUCAGUUAACAGGCACUUUCAAGACAACUUCGUUUUCAGGUAGUGCCACUUCCAACCUGUUGGGAAAAGCAACUUUUACUUCCCCGUCAAGUUACACUACCGCGGAUAGUAUAGGAGUAACGGCUAAAGGUAAGUUUCGGCGUCAAAAGAAAAGGAAUUGUUGGCCUUUUCUUUUGAGCUGUGUGAGAUUUUGUGCGACACGUUGUUCCAAAAGAAUAAGAAAGCGAAUUCCCAGAUGUGAUCUCAAAAUGUUGUUUCCUAAUUCCGUGAAACUUUAAGUAGCUUUUUACUAUACAUGAAAACGGACCAGUGAAGGAAAGAGGGGUGUAAAACUACAGAAACCAAAUGCACUGCACUGUCGGCCUCAGGUUUGUACUGCCGAGUGCCGAUCGAGUUACUGCGGUAAAAUAAGGUCUCUUACCAUUUCCUGUUAGCUGUACGAGUUUCAUUGAGGAUAUGGGUUUUAGAGACAAAGUUUUUUUUUUAUCAAGAACGAAGUACAAGCAGUUUCUUCACUGCCUGCUAGCUUUUUUAAACGAUGAAACUUGAGUGAAAAUAGCACGAUAGUACAACAGAUCUUACCAGAGCAACAAAAUUUAUUCUGAUUUCCCUAACGAACUAAAUAACACAGCAUUGCUUAAAUUUGAAAAGCUCCCUAGGGCGUACAGAACGGAUAGUAAUAUAAUUUGUUACUGCGUGUAUACAAUGAAUGUUUUUCGCAGAAUAUGUAGCGAUACUAAGUUUCCACGGUUGCUUUCCAAUAUGCAGUUCCCUAAAGUGAAUUUGCAAUGUUUGAUCGCCUGCCGAUUAUUUCUUGCCUUAGUUAUGCAAACCAACAGAUUAAACUUCCACUAUUCUUUAUACUUCUGUAACCAACCAAUUAAUACAUAUUAUUAUUCAUUCAAAAUAUUUCCCCGAUUCUGAUUGGCUAAAAGCACACGUUUAAUUCACCAUAACCAGUUACUGAUGACCAAAUUUGGAAGAAUUUUGUGUUUAACGAGGAAAUGACGUCAAAAAUGCAGCGUUCGUGCAGGUUAAGGCACCGUUAACCGCGAAGACCUGGGGACGAGGUUGAGUUGUUUUGGUUGUCGAAACAAAAAUUGCGGUCGUUUCACUCGUUUCAAGAGUAAGAACUAGGCGAAAAAAUAGCUAAAAACAUGGCAAGAACAGCAAGAAGACAACUCGAAGGGCGACAUCUGCUAUUUGGAGAAUAUUUGCGGACCUGGACAAACCUAAACGUGCACCAUCCAAGAUGAACUUAACAUCGAUGGAUCGAUGGAGGUAAGCAUGUUGUAGCCACGUUUUUAAAGUAGGAAUUAUUUUGAAUGAAUAAUAAAACAAUUAUUGAAUUCGGCUUUCGUAUCAUAUGAAGAAUUGUGGAGAUCUUGGAGGGUGUUAUCCGCCUCGGCCUACGGCCUCAACGGAUAACACCCUCCUCGAUCUCCUUAAUUCUUCAUAAGAUACUCCGCCUCAUUCAUUAAUUGUUAAGUAAUUUUCAAGGAGUUAUAAUAACUCCUCUAGUGGGGCUAAUUUAACUCCUUACAGUGGAGUUAUUUUUUGGGGAGUUAUUUUAACUCCAAAAGGGAGCUUAAAGAACUCUUUUUCAGGAGUAAAAGUGACCCCCAGAUAUUGAGGAGUUAAAAUAACCCCAAAAAAGGAGUUAUCCUGUACCUAAAAUUUUUACUCCACUUUCAGAGUUAAAUUAACUCCAAAAAGAGUAAAAACAACCCAUGUAAGGAGUAAAAGCAACCCCAUUUCGGAGUUAUGUUAACUCCAGACUGGGAGUAAAAAGAAUUCUUUUUCAGGAGUAAAAAUGACCCCAAAUUCGGAGUUAAAUUAGUAUGUGUAAUCAAAUGGUGACGAGUGAAAUUAAGGAAAAAUUUCACGCGCGUUUUGUCCACAUCCUUAUAAUCCUUAGGAUUUGGACAAAACGCAAGUGAAAUUAUUCCCUAAUUUCACGAGUAUACCAUUUAAUUACCUGUUAAUAUCAUGAGUGACGAAUUACGUUAGCAAUCGAGGAUUUUUGACUUGUUUUUUUUUCCUGGAUCGUGUCGAUCGAUCGUGAACUCCACUCUCUCAAACGUUUAGAGCUAAAUUUUGUCUUAAGUUUUCAGAAUUUUUCCACAACAUACCUCUAAGUAUCCUUCUUGAUGUGCUCUUUCGUGUAUUCAGGUUUUCUAAAGCGUCUUUUUAUACCCCGACAUCUUCAUUUAUGACAUUUUAAAACUUCCUUGCCAUCUUGAAACGGAGACGUACGGCAGGUUGCCAUGGUAAUUUGGUAAUUUCACAUGUUAAAUUACAAAUUAACGCUGAAAUUUCGCGCCAAAAUUAACGAGUAAUUCUUCACCUAUGAUAUUAGGAGUUAAAAUAACCCCCAAAAAAGGGGUUAUCCUGUACCUAAAAUUUUACUCCAUUUUUGGAGAUAUAAUAACUCCCUAAAAAUUACGGUGUAUAGACGAAGUUUCUCUCUUCUCUCACUCCGUUUAUGUGUCUCUUGCGUUUUCUGUCGUGUGACUUGACUUGCCAAAGGUCGACUUCACUAAUUAAAACAAGCGGAGCGAGCUUUUUACGACGCCAAUUGAAGCGGCCGAGCAAGCGGUGACCGCUAUUAAAUCGGACGGAGGACUUUUCUGAAAGUCUAAUGGUGUGAACUUCUCGAGCAAUGCAAUCAAUAAAUCAAUCAAAUCUGCAUUUUAACAUGGCAAACAAUUCAUCAUAUCGGUACAAUAUGAAAUAAACCACAUAACAACUUCCAACAACAACACAUAUCUAUAAAGUCUCUUCAGUAAAAAUACUAACACUAGUCUUUGUUACACUAAACUAGACCUGUUUUAAUGAAUGUUGUGUAUCUUGUAUGUAGACUAGGCUAGCUCGUGCGGAUGUUUUCUUCUGAUGUCCAAACUGAAAAGGGUUUGCCAAUGACAAAUCUUUUCACCCACUCAUAAAGUCUCAAACUAGUUGGAAAUAUGAGAGUCCUGAACUUCUAUUACCGUCUAUUAAUCUAGACGUUAUUCAAUUACCUCAGAAAUUCAUGUUGUGUCGGGGAUCCUAAAAGUGCGUUCCGACAACUUUAGGUUCGUAAGAAAACAUUCAAGUUCAGAGUUCAAAGAUCUUCGCUGUCAUAAGCUUUUUAGCAUUUGAACUGUUUUUGUCUCGUCGGCCAUCAACUUGUCAGAUUGUUAUAGCCCAUCAGUAUUAUAGCUCCCCACAAGCAUAUCCACCCCUCGGGCUAUCCGAUCACAACGUUGUUGUGGUAACCCCUAUGGACGGAAAGCGCAACAUCAACAACAAAAAAGUUACCAUGAGGCGUGACUUGCGAACAAGCAACAAGGCGGCGUUGGGUAGAUAUCUGAUGCAGAUAAACUGGCCUCUGUUGGUCACUCUUCUUGUGAGCUGAGAAGAGAAAUGGCCAGUCUUCCAAGACGUCAUACAUUCAGGCCUUAACACCAUCAUGCCUGCCAAACCAGUCAAGAUCUGCACGGCCGACGUCCCUUGGAUGAACGAGAGUUUGAAAUCUCUUAUUAUGAAGGGACAAAAGGCGUUCUGUACAUAUGGCCCUGACUCAGCUCAAUUUAAAUAUUUUCGUAACCUUGUCAACCGACUGAGGAAAAUCUGCAGAGGGAAAUACUAUGAGUCAAUGAUCCAGCACCUAAAAGGAGAAAACGCGAAAAGGUGGUGGGAUGAAACAAAACGCUUGUGCGGCCUAAAGACCUCCCACAGCGAUUUAGCUAGCCAGAUUAACAUCGAAGGAUUCUCAGAACUACCUUUCAAGGAGCAAGCCAGUGCCAUCAAUGCCACUCUCCUCAAAUCACUCGGGGAGUAUAAACUACCAGCUCCUCUUGAACGGGUUCCUGUCGAGUCCGACUCGCCCGAGAUCUUAAGGGUAACCGAACAGCGCGUGCAAAGAGCACUGGAUGUCCUCAAUCGAAGGAGGGCCUGCGGACCGGACAGAACACUCAGCUGGCUGCUGAAAGAAUACUGCGACCUGGUGGCCUAUCCCAUCACGGAAAUCCUGAAUGCCUCCAACGCUGAACAGCGUCUUCCUACCAUCUGGAAAAUGGCUGACGUGACUCCCCUUCCCAAAAAGAAACCAGUGAUCGACAUCCAAGAGGAAUUGAGACCGAUAUCCCCGACCCCCUGUAUUUCUAAAGUGGCGGAAGAGUACGUCAUGGAUGGUUUCGUGAAACCUGCAGUCAUGAACAUCCUCGAUGACAACCACUACGGAGCCAUCCCCAAUUCCUCUACUUCAAUGGCGCUAAGUAAUAUGCUGCACAGCUGGUCCUUGGGUACGGAUGGAAACGGAGCUACCGUAAAAACAUUAUUAUUGGACUACCGUAAAGCGUUUGAUUUGAUAGAUUAUAGUAUACUCGUUAGAAAGUUGCGUAACCAGUAUAAAUUACCAGCAAGCAUUAUCAACUGGAUUAUAGAUUUUUUAUCGGACAGAUCCCAGCGGAUUAAAUUUGCAUCAGAGUAUUUUUCUGAAUGGGGCCCAGUCCCUGCCGGCAUACCACAGGGUACCAAACUAGGCCCGUGGUUGUUCGUCCUAAUGAUUAACUACCUUGAUUCGAACGCACAGCAAUGGAAAUAUGUGGACGACACCACGGUGUCUGAGGUAGUAGUAAAGGGCAGAGAAAGUCACGCGUAAGCAAUAGCUAACAGAGUAAUUGAGUGGUCUCGCGAGAACAGGGUCCAACUAAACGCCGAUAAGUACAGAGAACUCAGGAUCUCCUUUGCCAAAGAGCAAGGAGUCUUUGAUCCCGUCAUCAUAGAAGGAAAGGAGGUAGAGUUAGUCACUAGUACAAAGCUACUAGGCCUUACAAUAGCGAACGAUCUAACAUGGAUCGACCAUGUAACUGACAUAACCAAAAAAGGCUAGCAAGUGACUCUAUUUCCUAACUCAGUUAAAGAGAGCGAGAGUUCCGAAACAAGAUCUAGCACUGUUCUACGUAUCGUGCGUGAGAUCUGUUAUUGAUUAUGCAGCACCUGUCUUUUUCAACGGUCUCCCCCAGUACUUAAAGAAAGAGCUGGUACGGCUCGAGAAAAGAGCAAUAUCAAUAAUAACCUCAGGAAAGUGCAACUCGGCAAUAGAGGUGGCAUUAUUACGUACUAUGUAGCAGGCUUUUUGAUAACAUUGUCAGUGAUCCAAACCAUAAAUUGAAGGCGCUCCUUCCACCAGACUAUGACAACUCACGCUAUAACCUAAGACAACAGAGCCUUUUUAAUAUGCCAAAGCUUUGCAUGAACAGAACAAGUAAUACUUUUAUAUAUGCGAUGUCGAAACAGUCCGGGCUGUAGUUUUAUCCCACUUAUAUUCAUGCUUUGUAUUUUAACAUAUUUCAAUAUGAAUAUAUUAUAUAGAAUUUUUAAUGUUAUCUUAAAAAUCAGUUUUCGACUUAUUAUCUAGGAUUCAUUUGUAAUUGUCACGUAUUGUAAAGUUUUUGUAAAUAAUUGCGUAAUUCAGCCUUUGGCUGCGAUGAAGUUUUAAUAACUAUCUAUCCAUCUAUCGUAUUUGGCAGGUGUCUGUCACUAUGCGCAAAGCUAUUGGUUUCAUUAUUUAGCAGGACGCGUGAGGUGGUAUAACUUUGUCUGAACUGCCGAUCAAUAAGACGACAAAAUUCUUCGAUUCUGCAGUGUAAUUGUUUAGUGAUGAAAAGUAUGGUUAUCAAAAGGACCAGUCAUGUCCAACGAUUCACAUAUCCAGACUAAGUUUCUACACUCUUCUCCUGGACAAUCGGACAUAGGUUUUGGCGCACCCUGAGUGCUUGGGGUAUAGUGUUAGGUUGUUUUGGUGUUUCCAAAAUGUUUGAAUCUUACUUAAUGCAGUUCUCACUUGAUACUACAUUAGUUGUCAUGUAAAUUGAAAAGUUAGAAUAUCUUCUUCCCGACUAUGGUGGAAUUUUUUUUUUCUUUUUUUGACAUAUCCCUAAAAAGUAUAAGUUGAAAAUAUCAAGCAUCUAUUUUUUACUUUAUUAUAAUCAAUUUUCUUCAGAAUUUCACUUUGUGUUGAGACUCCUUGUACGUUCUGCCAGCUUUACUUUGGACUAUGCAAACACAAGCACUUCCUUGCAUAAUGAUCUGAAAGCAAGGGCGACAAACCAGGUUGGUUUUCGUAGAAAUAAUCAUGACAUUGAGGUUUUUCGAUUGUGUCAGUGACUUGGGAAGAACAGAAUCGAAAGCCACUCAACAUACUUCGAGCCUGUACCUUCUGCUUACUAGUUUAGAUCUUCUACAUCUGAUCUACUAGUGUGGCUCGUCGGGGAUAAAGCCAUCCAACUAGGUUGAUUUGUUGACUGGAAUAUACAAUGGGAGGAAUAUUGAUUUGCAAUCAUAUAAAUGUGAGGGUGAGUUCUGUGCCUGCUGAAUAAAUGAGUGGGCUUAUUUUAAGAGAAUGAAUAAAAUAUGUAAAAAUAGGACACAAUUCAGCAAGAUAAGACUCUUCGCUUUUGUUCUUGACUUAGCUUUGUUAUACCCUCCUCAAAUUUCCCUCUUUCUGUUCUGGUUAAAAGGGAGAGGUUCACGUUUCAGCGCAUGCUCAUUAAUCAAAAUGCCGUUUUUCCGCCGGGACAUACUGUAUCGUGUAUGCAUGCAAUAUGAUCCGUGUCAUAAUGUUGUCAAUGAACUAAUCUGCACACUCUCAUGGCAGUCACUUGAUCAACUUAUGUGCAAAUAGCUGUAAAUUCAUCAACCAUGGAAUAAAACCUUCGGGUCAACAAGAAAUUCAUCGUUGGUAGUGUUGACAUAAUCCACUAUUUUUUCUGCGAUUUUCGUACUCCUCCAUCCUACUUCAGGUUACUCUGAAAUACACUUUUACUUUGAAAUACACUCUGAAAUUGCUGAGAUAAAAUGGGAUGAAAGUAUUAGCUUACGAUGGUGCUGGCUUUCUUUAUGCAGGUAACAAUCAUGCUAAAGGGAAGUCCUGGUUUUAUAUCCGCUGAAUUUAAACGAUUUGGGUAAGCCUUUUAUAAUAAUAGUAUUUAAUUUGACAUUGCAGUCUUAGAUUCUCGGCAGGUAUAACAAAAAUGUGGCAAACUAUUCGAUUUCUGUAGAACGAAGUCGAGAACAUUUUCAAGUGGUUCCGAGUUUUGGUAAAAGGCUCUCCUGAUAUGAAGUUGUUGCUUGCAAUUUAGACUCCUAUGACUCCUACUUUUUCUGGCGACAAGUGUGAUGCAAAAUUUCUUGUCUAAGCGAUAUGACAGUUCACUGCUGAAGCCGGAAGUCUGAUCUGUAUACACGUAGACAUUUGGUCACUUCCUGUGAUCUAAAACGGGUGUCCAGACUGAUGGCUUACAACAUUUCCCCUUUCAUGUUAAACUUCACUCGGUGUCCAAUACUUUCCUCAGUAUUCUUGCAGAGCCCCACAUACAUUUAUUAUUAUUAUUAUUAUUAUUAUUAUUAUUAUUAUUAUUAUUAUUAUUAUUAUUAUUAUUAUUAUUAUCAUCUGCAUUCUUAUUACUAUUAUUUCAUUCUUUGAUCCGAGAGCUGGUGAGGGGAGCUCUUACUCCUCUGAGAUAAUGAGCCUUAAAAGCGUAUCGGAGAAUGUUAACAGUGAGUUAUUCUUCUUCUUUUGCAGGCCAUAUUCAUUAACUUCAAAAUCGAAGGCUUCUCUUAUGGUGGAAAUGAUCAUUACGCAUCGGGAAAACUCCAGGGGCAAGUUACUUGAGAAACUAAAACAAGCAUCUGCCAAUCCUAACGUGAUGUUUGAUCCAGCACAUUUUGAGACAUUACAUACUUGUGAGUGGGUUUCAGAUAAUAUUUAUGAUUCCUUAUACUAUUCUAUACGUAGCUCUCAAAAUGAUUCCCCGCAUUUUGGUAGCAAACAACCAACAACAGUAACUCAAAUAAUUUGACAUAUCUUUCUGUCCACUGCAAAACUCAACCUUUGCUUUAUUAUACUUUGCAAUGACAUUGUGUGUAUCAUUUCUGCACUGACAAAUGCCAGUCAAAAAAAAAAUUUACAAUUGCUUUUAGCUUAGUACACACACCUCACGAGAAUCUGAGAAGCUAUAAGAAUUUAAAGAAUUCACACAUUCAUUUACAUUCACACCAACUAAACAUGUUUAUUAAAUCAGGUUUUAAAAAAUGAAAAACAGACAAGGAAAACUGGAACACAGGUUUUAAUGAAAUUCAAUAUGUGUUGUUAUUUGCAUAAAAUUCGCAAUCACCUUUUAUUUUUUAUUAAGCAGCGUUUGUCAAGGGAACAAUUUCACUCCUUGUUUAACUAAACAGCUUUUUGUAAAUGAGGCUUAAAGCUCAGUUCAGACCGCGUCAAACGUUUCCUGUACCGUGUCUAGUUUCUUCAAUUACGUUCAUGAUCGACGUUUAAAUUAAUGACGUCCGAUCAAGUGUCUAAGUUGUGUUAACCCAUGAUUUAAGAUCGAUUGGCUCACGUGGGUAUUCUGACGGUAGAGCGAUGUUAUUUUAGACAUCCAAGGAGCAAAGACGGCUGUUUUAACUUCGUCACGCGUUCCAUGGCUACUCCCUUGGACCGCAUGAAACCGUUCGGCUCGCAAGACAGAAAUGUCUGCCAACAUUAGUAUUCCAAUAAGGUCAGAAAAUACUGCAUUAUGUUCAUUGGAUAAAAAAGGUUUAUGUCGUUAAUCACAUAUCAAAUAUUAAUUGGAAAAGGCUAAAAUUACAAACCGCAAGACUACAUGUAUUUGUCUACCACGGUCCCUGACUGUGCAGCUAAGGAGACCUUGUAAAAACAAAAUAACUGGACGCAGGUUUCCGUAACACUACCGUUUUUCACCCUUAGCACGACAAAAAAUUCAGCGACUUCAUUUUGAACGUCCAACUUUCUAUGUGCCGAAUCUUACGCAUAAAUUACUAAUAUACAGAUUUAGCUAGGGCUAAAAGCGAAGUCUCCGUUUCUAUAUUUAUGAUAAAAGCAACCAAAUUAAAGUAAUAACAUGAACUCUUAGCCAAAAAAGAGAAAAGAAAUCUUCACAUCCCUAAGAGCCUUCGGCAUCAGACACCUUUAGAGCCGUUAGAGGUAGGGGCUAAAUGAUUAAGGAAAAAUAGCCCGCCAACAAACCUGAAUUGAAAAAAAUUUGUUAAGGGAAAGUUCAUUUAAUAUGACAAGGGGGGGGAUGAAGAUAUUGAAACUCGAAGCUUGAAAUUUUAGCAGCCCCCUUGCUAGCGGUUCAAUUUUUUAGAGCCCCCCCUCCUUGGUAGUCGAAAAAAAAAUUCAGAGCCCCCCCUCCUCCUUCAAUUCCUUUGCUCCCCUGAAAAAAGAUCGCUAGACUGUAUUAAAUAUAUUUACCGUUAUUGUCUUCAAUGGUUUAUACUAUGACAAACUUGAGAUACAGUUGUGAUACAAUUUUCUAAAGCAUUUUUAGGAUGAACAAGAGUGUAAUAAUUACUGAGACUACAUUUGUUAUAUCUGUAAACCACGUGAUAUAGCUGAGUUGCACAGGUCAUUAAAUUGUUGAGUUGAAAACCAUCCGAUCUAUAUGAUGAUGUCAUGUGUUGGUUUUGAAGUAUACAAAUUUUCGAACCCCCCUCCUAGCGCAACAAUUUUUUCAGAGCCCCCCUUCGGGUGUCUAAAAAUUUUCGGAGCCCCCCUCAAUAUCUUCAUCUCCCCCCCCCCCUUGUCAUAUUAAAUGAACUUUCCCUAAGUUGUAGGUCUCUUAAGUAGCAGCAAUUUACAGGUUCCGAUUUCUAGAGUCGGUGUUUCUGUGUUUAAGGGAAGGCGUAAAAGAAAAAUCAGGCCGACUUAAGGAUUUUUGUCUUCCAGUAAGCCCAUUAUAUUUUCUUUUCUUUUCUUUUUUUAACGGGCCCGGACGAACAGUUAUGUGUAGCCUUUACAUUUAUACCUCACAAUAUCUGAAAGAAAAUUUUACCGAAAGGUGUACAAUAUUUUCUCUGAGGACAGACAAAGGAAAGCAAACGAUAGCCUUUUUCACUACUAAUAACAAUAAGCCAGUCUUUCACUACAAAUAUAAACGUUAAUACAGCAACUUACAACUUUUUUUAUAAAAAAAAAUACAAACUCGGGCUCGAAAAGCAGACGAGUCUGUCCGUUUUAGAAGAGAGGAGAACUCUGUCAUCUUUUAGAUAAGCUCACUUUUUCAGUGAGGAUAUAAAGCCGUAAACAAACAACUGAAAACAAACGCAGUCAACUUAAUUCAAGCUUAUUCAGCUAUAUUCAGGGCACAAGUCUUGGAAAAAGAACAGCACUGCAAAACUGCAGCCGGAAAUUCUUGAAUUCUUCACACUGCAAAAAUCUUAAAUGGCAAGUAAUAAAAGAGAAAAUGAAUAGCAAUUUAAUGCGGAACGUGUACCACUGACGAUCUGCAGUCUCAUGGUCGCUUUUUGAGCUAAUGGUAUGAAUGAACAAUGACAGAUAAAUAACUUAAUUUCUUGAAAAUUUUUAUUCAAAAACCCAUAAGUUAAUCCUAAAAAGCAAUUUGCGUAAGACAAGUUAAAUCGUUGUGUUCAGGCAAGUUAAAUCGGUCGAGCCCAUGGCAAAAAAACAAUUUCAAAUGCACAUUCUGUGGUUUUUCUUUCACGUCGAUGUUAAAAUGUAGAAAACGUCCAUGAAACCUUUAUAAAUACAAAAAUUCCUUUUUAAAAACGUACUUUUCUUUGAUCAUAGAGUAAGGAGUGUACCUCAAGUGUCUUCAGAAACCUCGCUGCCUUGUUUGGUUCAAAACAAGCUAAGCCCUCCGAUCCGCCGUGUAGAAAACGAUGUUGAAUUCUUCGAAAGACAGUUUCAUAGCGAAAAGCUUUCGUUUGUCCACAAACGCAAACUGAGCAUUCUUUUGAACUUUCUCAUUCCAUUUGUGUCCUUAUCUGCGUAUUAUGCAAAACUUUAGUCUUGAAAACCACCACGUCAUGAAAGCGCGCCAGCCAGUUUUCAGCUGUUGACAUUUACAAAGGUGCCAAAUCCGUUUCUUCCCUCAGCCCCUAAAUGGUUGACAUGCAUGACCAUUGGACAUUUGAGGGGGAGUGGGGUAUGGGUGAUUUUACUGAUUUAGUUUCAUUUAGUUUGUAUUGGAAGAAUUUUUCCCAAACCUCUCUGGAGUUAGAAAUUUUUUCCCCGACGUAUAACGGUGUAAGAUUCUUUUUCAGAAUCAUACGUCAUGAGCGAUAUUUUUUUCAGUGCAGGAUAUUUUUCUCCCAUGAAUUCAUUUGAAUGCUUUUUUUUCCUCUCGAAAUCAGUCUGCAAGACAUUUUUUUCUGAAAUCACCCAUAACCCCUCAUAAGUCAAAUGGUCGGCCCCUAAAAUCCAACAAACAUUUGGUCAGUUGACAGAUUCUGAUUUGUCAAUCAUAGAGGACAAAACUCUCUAAGGGAGAGGGGCGGAAUUCGUUUCAACUUACCCCUACCCGGAAAGUCCACACGGACGGACGUACGGUGACGACAUAACCAAAUUUUCUCGGAUGGAUAGUUGACAAAAUUUUAUCAGUUGCUCCGCUGCGCGCGCGAAGGCUCCGCUAUAAUUUAUUUUGACUGGUAAGCAUUGUGCAUCGUGAUAAUGAAUUGUGUCCGACUGAAUUGAAUUGACCGUCGAACUUAAAUCAUUUGGGUUGUCCCAAAUAGGUAUUAACUUCGGUAUGUACAUGAAAAGUUCGACGUUUGAACUGGGACUAAUCGAUUUCUCUAUCGAAAAAAAAAAAUGAGCAAGAUGUCUUCUAACUGGCCCGAAUUCACGUGAUACCAACUUGUUUAUUUGCAGUUAACUCGACGUGUCCUCCACCAGUUGUGAAAGUGAACCUUACGAAGAAUUUGGAUCAAGCUCCACUGAUUUUUACAGCUAGUUCAGGAUCAGAAACUGGGAAACGUUUUAAAUUCCAGGCUCAAGUAAAACAUUCCUCUUGUAGCCAGUCUUUGCCAAACAACAUGUCCUGGGAGGUAACGAAAGCGAUACUUAACUCAGGAACCUUUAGUUCAUUUUUAAAACCCCCAUUAACUUCUCACAGUGUUAAGCUUAAAUUGUAUCAAGGGCGCUCCCUUGAUAGCUACGUUUACAUCAGUUUUGUACUGAGGAACACUAACAGAGUCGUAGCAUACGACUAUGGUUAUGUUCUACUUCUACGACCCCCUCCGAUUGCGAGCAUAUUCGGAGUUUCCAGAGCCGUUAAAGGAAAUGGAAGUGUGCUUCUAUCAGCAUUAGCUGAUCAUUCUAGAGCCCACAUUCCCAGAUUAACUUACAGUUGGUAUUGUCGAAAAAGAAUGGAGAAACUUCCUUUAGAUGAGUUGAAACUCGUUGAUGUUCCAGACGGGAAUUCUAAUACUUCAGGGGGUUGCUUUGGGUAUGGCCCGGGAAGACUAAGUGGAGGUGAUGUGUUUCUUCAUGUUGAUGUUGACAAAAUGCUAGUGGGAGAGUAUGUGUUUAUCGUUAAAGUUAAGCUGGAUUCGGAAACUUCAAAGGAUGAUCAUAAUUUGACAGUAUUGGAACCACAAAUCAACAUUUUAGUAAGGUAAGAGGAACGGGAAAAUUAAAAAAAAAGGAUAGAAGGCUUUGAUUAUCAAUUGGCUCGCGGUAGUCACUCUGUUAUUGUCUCCGACUUUUCGACCGCUUACUGUUGAUCUUCAGUGCAGCAGGCAACACAGCAGCCGACAGGUACCACAGCGAACCUCUGAGGAAACAGCAUCUAACACCAGCAAUACCGAUUGAAAUUCAUACACCAGGGGAACUAUAGGAAGAACAACGUGGCUGGGCUAAAAAGUCAAACAUCAGGUUGUGCACCUUGUUCCAAACACAACGGAGCGAUGCGAACAAACAACUGCUAAAAGACGGUGACGUGUUCACCGACCUCAACUAUAUUUAUCCAAUAUAACUAGUAAUAAAUAAAGGUUACAAGCUAGUGACAACAAUCGAAGGUCAAACCGCUUUUGCUUUCGCUGUGCUUUGCGUAAGCUUCACGUGAUAGAUGGUCGAAAUACGCUUGAGUCCAAACGACCGUCAGAUCAGAUUGCGUUCUGUGCAUUCCAUUCAUUCUUAGUGGAUGUCCAACGAAGCUGUAGCUUUAAGGGUUGUGGGAUUAAGUGGGGAUGGCACCUCCCAUGGGACUUGAGUCCCGUUCGUACACAUUCUCUCUGGGCAGGCCUGUUUCCAGAAAAGCUGGUAAGAGUAAGAAUAAGAAUAUAAGUGACGUACUUUCAUAAAUAGCAACUUGGAGAUUAUGAUUGCGGGCUCCUCUUGUCGCCCCAAUAAUUAUGCAAUUCACUUACACACGUUAUGCGACGUCACGUAAUACAUUACAAAUACCUAGGUUCCAAAUCCACCAUUCAUAAGCUAGGUAUGACGGCAAAUCAAAAUCAUCGCCUGAGAAAGAUCAGCUUUAGGCGGUCGAAAGCGUCGCGACCAUUAACAAAUCGACUAUCGCGAGAAACGAUCGAUAAUCGAGCUUUAAUAAACACCCAUGAUUAAUAAUAUGUUUUUUUUAGUAUAUACUAAAACAGUGGAUACUGUUUUUCGAGCGCUCUGAUUGGCUACGCAAUCAAUUAGUAUCCAGUGCUAUUCACUGAUUCACCCCCAGUUCCUUCGAGCGAGCGACAGCAAACUCGCGAAAGUUACGAGCAAAAUGGCUUCCCGGUUUGCUGCCGUAAUAAACAAAGAAAUUUAACAAAUAAUCAAACAAGCUGUCCCCGAAAUAAGCGAAGAAUGUGACGAAAAUCGAUUUGGCGGUUUUAAAGGGACUGGUUCACGGUAAUGCGCAUGUGUGAGUUCUGACAGUAGCUGAUUGUUUUUCAACCAAUCGGAAGCGAGUUAGAUGCACGCAAGUAAAUUUACAAAAUUCAAAUUAAUUGUUCGCGACGCGAGAGUAUUUCCGGGCAUUUGGUUUGAUUUGAUUUAUCCCCAUAAUUCAAGUUUAUUCUUUGCUACUCCUCAGUUAUAUGUUGCAGCCGAUGAGAAUAAGAUUUACAGCCCUGUCCUGCUUUGAAACAAACAUUUACCAACGUGUAUUUUUACGAGGUCGUACCCACGCUAACAAAGCAGUCACCGAUCGGCAAACAAAAUUUGUAAACAAACAUCUUAUUACUGUUCUCUCAGUUCGCCUUAUUUAAACCCUGAAAUACCUACAAAUACCGCCUGACCGGUGACAAAAACACACAACGUAUGAGUAUAAAGAUUAUCCUUAAUUGAGCAUAAAUUUCAAAUGGUUAUCCGCAAAUGAACAAAUUCAUUCGCGUUACAUCGGGUGAUUGUUCCGCAAAACAAAUGUUAUCGAGUAGCACACAUAAAGAAACUAUAUUAUAAACAGAAUAUUCAGGCAAUAAUUUAUUUUAAAAACAUCAAUUCUUAAACAUAUACGAUCGUAAAGCAAAGAUACAAGGAACAUUUCAAGAGUACCAGAUCGGUGAAGAUCACGCAGCCUGUUGCGGUAUAACUACAGGUCGGAGUCAAAAAUCAAAUCAAAGUUGAACGAACUCAUGCCUUUAACAACUUUCCAAGUGUCGUGUAUUCUUUUCGUAAGCCACACACUACUCCUAGAACCAUACCAGAUCGAUAGGCUAAGCUUCUCUAUCUCCUAAGACUCUUGAGAACGUCCUGUUGCCGGACGGCCACGAUGCUCUUCUGAACCUCCAUGAUCAAAACAUUAUUUUUUGCGUCUUCUUAAAACGUAACCAGUCAAACGACACAACCACACGUUAAUCACCACUACCGAAGUAUAACUAGACCAGCCAAAGCGACGGAUGUCCGAAUAAAACGAAGGAUUUUCAGUGAUUGUACCGGUAAUGGCGAUUUCGAAUUUAGUGUUGACCCAACAAAUUUAUUCUGAAGAGCCAAACGGCGCGCAUGCGCAUUAUCGUGAACCAGUCCCUUUAACAGGUAAAUCUUUGUCUGUUUGACUUGAAUUCAUCGACGAAGUGGUGAAAAAGUUUUUUGUUUAGAAAUGCAAAUUAAGCUCCAGUCUUGCGUUACUUUAUUUAGCUGAAUUGUUCACAAAUGAGCUUAAAUCUUAAUUUAUUAAAAUACAAAGAGAAUUCACAACUCUUUUGGACAAAAUUUCCCCGGAAGAGCUAAACAAAUACUUCACUUUAAUUGUCGGCAAGAAAACGUGACGGCCGCCCGUUCGGUCGUUGCGCGCCAAAAUUGUAAUCGUUGGCAACAGUAAACGAGUUAAAAACCAUCAUUUUUUUGCUCAAUUAUCUCACUGUUUUAGUAUAUACUAAAACAGUUAUUCACCUCAGUGUCGGUGGCUAAUGGUAGAUGUAUGGGACCACUAGCCACCUCCACUUCGGUGAAUAAUUGUUAUAUGUAAUAUAAUAUAUAUAUUUUUUUAUUUGGAAAGAAUCCUUUAAUCAUUUUUAUCAUUGUCGUUUCUAAUUAACAAUUGUUCCUCGAGCCCGAAUGGGCUCUGAGUCCGAAGGCCUCAUGCGCUAUUGACUCAGAGGCCAUGAGGACGAGAGGAAUAAUUGUUUGAGUAAAACCCAACUAGUUGGUCAAAAAUAUCGAGACAAAACAACUUUAGCUAACAAAACGCGAUUCAGCGGCCAUUGUUUUGGUUUUCAAAGCCGACGCUUUUUGCUACUAGUGGGCUAUGUAAACCUAUAGCCUAGUAGUAGCUCAACCAAUGAUCAGAACGCAGCAUUGAUAGUAGACCACUCAUGGAUUUUACUAAAUGGGCUUAUUCAAUGAUAGUGAGUUGUGAGCAAUUCUCUCCUUGAAAUAGCAAGUUACCUUGGACGUUUCCUCUGAACUAUAUUUGUACGAUUUUUUUGCGUUGUCCAAACUGCCUGUGAACUUGCCUUUAGAAUAUGCCUACGCAUUUAACAACAAUAUAGAACGUUUUGUUUUAAAAAGCGUUAAAACUCAAUUUAUCCUCUUUUCCUUUAGUUGAUUUAGGUACAGGAAACCGUGGCAAAUCACACCUUAUCUUGCUUCCUCCUUAGCGGGUCGUUCACUUUCCUUCCUCUCUGGAGACGUUUCUCGUGCGCAGUGAACAUCUGAGCAGUCUCACCGACUGUCAUAUUCCAUCCCAUUUCGAAACGCGUUUUUACUUCUUUACUGUUUUUCAUCCAGGUGUACGUACAACUGUUACCCCAGAGUGGCCAUCAAUGAAAAGACUACUUUUGUGGCAAAUUGCUCCGGGCUUACCUGUAAAAGCAUAACGAGAUAUCAGUGGGCCUUAUACCAGAUGGACCAACAAAGCCCAGAUCCGCUUUGGAUUCCUAUAAAAAAUAUUGCUGCAAAGGCGACGUUCGAUGGACUAAAUUUUGUUCUCAGGGGGAAGAUCAACGCAACCGAAUAUUCUUUAAAGCUAAACACAACUUACAAGGUGGAGUUGUUUGCUUUUAUUGACGAACGCCAGGUCGCAAAGGGCGAAAUUCAAAUUACAACCAACUCGCCUCCUGUUACUUAUAACGGUGGUGGAUGUUUGAUAUCUCCUUCUGACGGACUGGCAUUACAAACAAAUUUCUUGGUAAAUUGUUCAAAAUGGUAUGAUGAAGAUCUACCUUUAUCCUACACUUUCAGGUAAGAACAGGUUAACUUUUUUUCAUAAAACCAAUGACUGUAAAGGGUGACAAUUAAUAGGUAAAACAUGGAUGUACACACUCAAUGCUGGGUAGUAAAUACCACAGAUCCUAAUGUCAUCUUGGACGAGGAAAGUAUCAUGAGGCAUCUAAAAAGAUGUUUUUAACCUAAAUUUACUUUGAAGGCUACAGAAAUUUGUACUUGUUAUAACGGUCAGAAGUUCUUUAAAGUCCUGGAAGUCCAGGGACACGAAACCACCGUAGGCUGAAAGUUACUCCAGAAAAGCAUAGUUAAUUAAAGUGGAAUGGUUGGGAAACCCUUUGUUAUAGGUUUUUGUUAGCUUUUUUAGACCUGACCGUGCACAACAAUAAUAAUAAUAAUAAACUUUAUUUAUGUGUUUUUUGAAAGAAUUCAAGGGAUCGGCAUUAAAGAUCGGCAUUAAACAAUCGGCAUUAAAGAGGGGCGUAUGCUGUUCCAUAACUUAGGUCAGAAAAUCUUCGAUCACCAUAAGCCUUUAGCUUAGAUCUCGGGAAUUGAAGUAACUUAUUCGCUCGAUCAAGAACGCAAAAAGUAGGAGCCGCUACAAACACUGAGCAAAUUGGAUAUAUAACUUGGUGAAAGUCCAGUGAUAGCCUUACAUACUAACAAUACUAUUUUAUAAAUAAUAAUUACGCUAUUCAACAGGCAACCAAAGUAAGUCUAUUAAGCUGGGUGUUAUAUGUUCAUACUUCUUGGUGAAUAUUACGAUGCGCGCUGCUCUAUUCUGAACUAGCUGUAGGCGGUUUAAGAGAACUUUAGGUAGUCCAUAUAGAAUCACAUUACAGUAAUCCAAGUUGGUAGUCACAAAAGCAUGAAUAAUUGCUUCAGUAGAUUCACGAUACAAAUAUAUUCUUAUCUUACUAAUGUUUAAUGUAGUUAAAUGGAAAUGACAUGUCUUACAGAUCUUUUUAAUGUGGUCUUCCAUAUCAGCACUGGGAUCGAGUAUCACCCCAAGAUUUUGAACAGAAGGGGGUGCUUGAAUAGUUUCACUCCCAACACGAACAAAUUCCAAUGAAGGACUGGGCCGAUAACGUGAACCGAGUAGAAGCACCUCGGUUUUUUCCUCAUUUAGCUUAAGAACAUUAAGAAUCAUCGAAUUGUUGAUUUCCUGCGCACAUAUUUCAAUGCUAGAUUUUGCUGAGGAGAGAAGAUCGUCACUUCCUAAUUUAAAUGACACAUAGAGCUGAGUGUCAUCAGCAUAUAGAUUGUGUCUCUUUAUGAUAUCAGCCACUGGUGAAGUGUACAAAACAUAUAACAGAGGCCCAAGGACGGACCCUUGCGGUACACCACAAUUAAGUUCACGUAAAGAAGAUCUUGAACUUUCAAUUUGAACAAAUUGUGUACGAGAUGACAGGUAGGAUGCGAACCAUUCUUGUACAGUCCCUGUAAUACCAUAACGUUGAGACAGCGUAUCCAUUCUAGUACUGUGUCUCAUGAAAUACUGAGUAUUUCAUGAGACACAGUGUCAAAUGCACCAGAUAAAUCUAAAAUAAGUAGUAAAACGGCUUUAUUGCCAUCAAUUGCAUGCAGAGUAUCAUCUUGUACCCUCACCAUGGCAGUUUCAGUGGAAUGAUGUACUUUAUAGACUGACUGAAAGUUGUCAUGUAGGUUAUUGUUCAUCAGAUAGUUGUUUAACUUGAGAGCAACGCUUUUCUCAAUAAUGUUCGAUAGCGCUUUCAAAUUCGAGAUAGGUCUAAAGUUCUUGAAUUGUAAAAAGUCCGCAUCAUGUGUCUUGAGCAGAGGUGACAAUACUGCAGAUUUCAAACACGUUUGCAUGCAGCCUUCAGGAAGAGAGAGGUUGACGAUGUAAGUAAUAGUAGGCAGCAAUGGGUGUGCACAAUGUUUGAUGAUAGAAGAUGGUAAUGGAUCCAAGACACAGGACUUCGAGAACAGUGCUGCACCCAGUUCCCUGAUGUCAUCAAGUUUCAUCUCAGUAAAAGUUGAAAAUUUAGUGGAAGACAUAGUGAGUACCUCAUCAGUAACACAUUGAGAGCCUUCUUUUUAACAAGGAGAUCAUUACGUAGUGUAUCAAUCUUAGUAGUAAAAAAGGUAGGAAAUUCAUCAGCUAGCAUACAGUUCAAUAGCAUUCCUAUCAUUUUGAAGUUAUUGACCAAUAGAAACAAUGCAUUAAUUUAUUCAGUCAUAAUUUGUGAACAGAAAACAAAGGAUUGUGCACGGUCAGGGAGCUUCCAACAUAACUUACAGCACUAUUGUUUUCAACUUUGAUGUUUGCCGGGUUUCCUAACCAGCCUCUCUGGUUUAGGCUGACGUUAUCUUGACGAUCUGUUCGGUUAAGGGACCGGUCAUUAUUUAUGCAAGUGGAGCGGAGGGGAUUCUUUCUCAUCUAUAAAUUUUAUUCUUGACCCUCCCCUGAACAGUCUGGAAUAUCCCUAUAUUUAAGGACAGGGCCAAGUGGUCACGCGACACUGCUCAACCAAUAAGAACGCACACUUGUGUUUAUCAAAACAUCGACCCAGUGAUCAAAAAUUCUUCAAAAUUGCGGACGGAGGCGGGCAGAGCAUUGCUAUUUCGUUUUGCUUUUAACAUAAGCUUACAGUACUCGUCUAGGUUUCACAUUAUUUCAAAGCAAACAUUUGAUUCAAGAGAAUAAGAGUAUUAUUCAUUGCAAGAAAUCGUUGGGAUGUUCGAAUAUUCCGGAUCGAUUACAGAGGUCGUGGCUUCACUGACGUGAUUUGCAAGAUUUUUGCCGAAGCAAACUCGUCCAGUGCAACAAUACCCUCAGAGAGUGUGUGAAAAUGUCCUGGAAUCGUACAAAACAGGAAUAAUACCACCUAUUAACUUCUACAGGACAAGAAUCAAAGACUCAGUCACCAUAACAAGAAUAAAAGUUGGUUCAAAUUUAAAAAUUUUUCUUGUUUCGUGUUGACAGCACACAUGGACUUCACGCAUCUGGUGCUUUCUUUACUUGCUGUCGCACAUGCUAGGCUAAAAUACAACCCAGAUUAUCAGUGUUCAAUGAGUAGCGAAAUACAUAAUUUACAAUUGAAAUUUGCCUUCUUUCUUUGAUUUUGUUGUUACUUGUGGAUGAUCGUUUGGAGAAUCCAACAGUAAUAAAUUUUUCCAGAUUUGGUGAAUUUCAGAAACAAAGAGGUUAGCAUCCACCUUGCGCUUAUGAUCUUUGAUUUUAUCCCCGAAAAUUCGGCAAAGUGAGGCGAGAUGAUGGACGUGAAUAUCCACAAUACUAAUACCGUGGAAAGAAAAGGCUAGUAUUAAUGCGAAAUAAAUUAAUAACACGGCUCUGCCAUGUCUCCGUGAAACCUGGGAGUGGAACGUGUGUUUCAGACCUGGGAAUUCAAAGAUUGUCUACCAAAAUUCUAGGUAAGGUUGUCUACCAUCCCCAAAUUCAAUAUGAUAAAAGUUAAUCCAUAUGACAAUCGAGGAAACAUAACUAAAAUGUAUCGUCAAAAAUCUUUGAAUCCAAAAAAAUAAAGAUAGAUGUUUAUAUACCUUAAAAAACGGCUAAAAUCCCACCUAUAUCGCGUUGUUUAAGGUGACUCGAUCCAGUUUUUUUUUUGGGGGGGGGUACCAUCCUACUUUGAAGCUCUCUGGUAUACCUAUCUUUACUUUUAUCGUAAGUCUAACACAUAGAAUGGAUAACAUAUAGAUCAAUCUACAAUAUAACAUUCUUGUUCAGCACGCGUGCAAUGACCACGCUUGGCUGACUUCCGAAUGCUCACCGAGAUAUGAUAAUUUAGUAUGAGAAAAUGGAAGGGAUUCCCGUCACGAGUUGGUUUAAUUAUUGGCUUACAUUAAACCUAUGAAAAAAUAUUUUUUUAAUAGUAAGUAGAUUUAUUGUGUAGCACUUCUUGAUUUUUUUGCAAAGGCAAAGUUAAACCUCUAUGUAUCACGCGAUGGCCUUUCUCACUGUACCAAAACUAUCGUAUCUCGAUGAGCAUUCGGAAGUCAGCCAAGCGCGGGCAUUGCACGCGUGCUGAACAAGAAUGCUGUAUAAUGACAGACUAGAAACAAUAGACAACUCCCAAAGCACAAACGCAGCCAAAACGCUAAAAAUCUUCAAUGUUUACUCAAGUUUGGGCUUAUAGAAGAUAAUGUCACAGUUUUUCAAUGACCAUGAAAUUCAGAGUCCGGGUAGUUAGUUAAUCAAUUGUGGCCCUGAAAAAAUUUGAAGGAAAAAAAACUACGAAUUUUUAAGAAAAUGCUUUUUUCGUGAGAAGGACUCUUAAACGCUGACAAACGUCAACAAAUAGCGAAAACUAUAAUUUCUAUAUGUUUGCUUUCCUCGAAAUCGCGCGCAUUUACAAGGCCCUAAAGAGUUUUGCUGACUUGCAAGGACCCAUCUGUUAUAACGAUGCCCAAAAUAAAGGGAUGAAUCUCAGAGUUUAUUAGAUAUAAUCCGUGUAAAGUUUGCUUAUCAUUUUCGCAUAAAUUAUGACCUAAAUUUGGAAACCGCUGAAAUUCUCGAAUUGGGUCUUUGUGAUUUUGGUGAAACUCUGUUCAGCGCAAGGCACUAAUGCGCACUAUGUGUCGCCGAGAGAUUUUCACGAAAAAAAUGCCGGCAACAGCAUAUUUUCGACUCAGACCUCAAAGGGGCGUGGCAUUAUAACCACGUGACAUUUACUCCGAUCGCCAAAAAUUUUAUGUUAUAUUGUAGAUUGAUCUAUAUGUUAUCCAUUCUAUGCAGGGGCGGAUCUAGGGGGAGGGUGCAGGGGGUGCGCACCCCCCCGAGAUGACCUGCGGUUUUCUAAUACAACUGAUAUUCUGCAAAAAAAAAACUAUGUGGUUUAUUGGUGUUGAAGAAGAGCAAGAGACGAGUGCACCCCCUCCUAAAAAAAUCCUGGAUCCGCCCCUGCUUUGUGUUAGACUUACGAUAAAAGUAAAGAUGGGGAUACCAGAGAGCUUCAAAGUAGGAUGGUACCCUCCCAAAAAAACUGGGUCGAGUCACCUUAAAAGAGGAAAUAAGCCACAAAAUGUGCUGACAUUUUUCCAGGCACUUCAAAUAUGGUUUCCGAUACGCAGCACUCUUAAAUAGGUUGAGUAUGCCUCAUAAAAAGUCUUCGAAAUAUGCCCGAAAGCCUCAAAACAGUGAAAUCUGGUCGUUUUGGUAAUCAAUCCGCCAUUUUCCAUUUUCAUUUAGGGAUAUUCGGGACUGUUUUUUGACCCACCCCUUAAAUGUUAUUUUUUAGGAUAUGCACCACCCCUCCUUCCCCCCCCCCACACACACACACACACGCACAAGGCUGUUUUGCUUUGGACUGUUGGUUUUAAAUACCAUUAAAAGACUUGAAAUGAUCUAUGAUAUAAAAACGUAUGUAAAGUCGAGGAAGUACAAACGCCAAUUCAAGUCUUUUAUUGGUAUUUCCAGCCGAUAAUUCGUAUCAGACUAUUAAGUCGUCUAGAGCAAUUAACCAACCUUGGUUUUGGAGAAUGACAGUUAAGUAUUUAUGUUGUGCUCUUUUUGCUUAGUUUAUAUAAGAACCUCAUGUUUAUUUUUGUAUUUGUUGUUGUUGUUUGUCCUCCUAUUUUUGCCUUAAUAGACGUAUUGUUUUGUGAGAUUGAUGAUUUAAAAUCUCACACAAAGAUCCGCUCCUCUGAACUGACUUUGUUGUAGAAAGGAAAACCAAAAAUCCAUUGUAAAAGAUUCAAACUGACUAUUUUUUCUCUGCCUUUAAGAGGCUCCUUAUGAUAAAAAAAAUCAACCCACCCCCUUAUCAUUUUAUAUUUCAAUAAUGACCCAGCCCCUAUAAUAUUAAAAUAUAAACCUGACCCCCCUAUGAUUUCUCUCUCCCCCCUUUCAUAAAUAAUGACCGAUCCCUAAAUAUAAUCUUCUUCUUUAUUGCAGCUACAUGACCGCAAAAUUGGUGGCUGUUGACAUAAAAAGUGGUUCGUCGCUUCCCUCCCUGACGACAGUCCUUCCUCAGGGGGACCCAUCGCGAGAUUAUAAUAUUACUAUCCAAGUGGCGAUUCACGACUCCCUGGGAGCCACAAGUCAUGAUAUUAAAUUUGUCACGGUAUAAGUUUUAUGAUAUUGGCCUGCCUGAUUUACACAAGCUAAAGCAUAAGCAAUGGCACUAAAAUUGUCUCAGUGUGACUGUGUUUCGUGGAAAAUGAAAGAGUGCGUGCUACUUGUGGUUGUUCGAAGAACGACGCAUUUUAAAACUGACUUGCUUUUUUAAAAUUUACUAUAGACACUGCCGUCAACCCUGAAAUGAUCUUUGAAUUUAGAGUCCGUUGCUUCGUUCUAAACGGCCUUAAUAUAUAGCUGGAAAGAAAUUAGCAUUUUGUGUUGAAUGGCAUCUACGUAAAUCUUUUCUUGAUAGGUAAGACCCUCUCUUACAACACCCGCUGAGAUUUCCAAAGAUUUUAUCGACGGAUCCGAUAAUGCUCUUUAUAAGGCGUUGAGUAAAGGUGACGUUGGAUUGGCAGCUGGAACAGCAACUUUAGUACUUACUUCCAUUGAGGAAGGGGAAAUGGAAACGCAGGAGAAAAACAAGGUUAGUAAUCUGUGUUAACGUACUGUGUUUACUUUUUCAUCUAAUGUCUUUGUAAUCUCUUGCUUGCUUGCCUCCAUUUAGCUUGUUUCUCUUAGCCUUUUAGCUUAGAAUUGAAUUUACCUAAAAUGGGUUACCUCAUGUGAAGCCAUGCCCCUCAAUAGCUAUCGUGCGUAGUGAGGUAAGUCAGUGCUGUAUUAAGGUCGAACCAUUUUCAGGGGCACCCAACAAGAAUAUAGUUCAAAACCACUUGAACAUAGCAUUGUUGAACGUAUUUUAGCAUUUAAAAGGUAGAUAUAGGCAUAUUUUUAUCCCCUAAAAUUUUUUCAUCUGUUCGGAUUUCCUAGCUGAAAGUCUCGUGAUGUUCCGAAAAUUCUAGAUCUCAAAUCGUCUUCCGAACAGAUAUUUUCCGAAAAUUGUCGUUGGGUACCCCUGCAUUUUUUGUAAGACGGUUACCUUCCAGAUAAAGUUCAAUGGCCGUUGAGUAGAGAAAUUCGCUGUCAUGAGGUAGUUCUGUGAUACGCUAUACAUUUAUACAUAGACAAUUUUUAGGACUAAAAAGCUUUCACAGAGCCGUUAAGAGCUACCAAGCUAUAAUUCUACUUAGUGUAAUGGACUAGCUUUAAUACACAGUAAUUUUCAAGGAGUUAUAAUAACUCCUCUAGUGGGGCUAAUUUAACUCCUUACAGUGGAGUUAUUUUUUGGGGAGUUAUUGUAACUCCAAAAAGGAGUUUAAAGAACUCUUUUUCAGGAGUAAAAGUGGCCCCAAAUAUUGAGGAGUUAAAAUAACCCCAAAAAAGGAGUUAUCCUCUACCUAAAAUUUUUACUCCACUUUCAGAGUUAAAUUAACUCCAAAAAGAGUAAAAACAACCCAUGGAAGGAGUAAAAGUAACCCCAUUUCGGAGUUAUUUUAACUCCAGACUGGGAGUAAAAAGAACUCUUUUUCAGGAGUAAAAAUGACCCCAAAUUCGGAGUUAAAUUAGGAGUUAAAAUAACCCCAAAAAAGGGGUUAUCCUGUGCCUAAAAUUUUUACUCCAUUUUUGGAGUCAUAAUAACUCCCUAAAAAUUACGGUGUAGACUAGAUUGAAUACAUGAGUUAACAUGUUUGGGUCACGAACCGUGGAAGAAAAAGUAAUCCUUGACAUCAGAGAGCCAAAACACCCUUACAGAUUUGAUCAACUUAAGUAGCAGUCUUCCAUGACACCUUUGAGCAUAAAGGUAAAUAAAAACUAAAGAAGGCUAAUUGUAAACCAUCACAGCUUUACGUGGACAGUUUUAAGCUUAAGGUAAAUCCCUUGAAAAGGAUGUACUAUCCACAUGUUUUUUUUUCGAGAAACUUUGUACAUUUCACGGCCAUAUACAGGUCAUUGAAAAACUGCAAAAAAAGAUGGGACCAUUGUGCUUAUUUUCGUCUUGCUUGCUUGCAAUUCUUAGUGUUUUUUCCUAGUUGCGCGCAAAAAGGUUCAAAACUUGAACAACCGUCAAAAUUCUUAUCACGUAGCAGAAAAUGUGCAUCUUACUAAAACCUAGAGCCCGUCUGUUUGUCUGGGCUAUAGUUAUUUAGUGAAGUGCCGAUCGUGUAAAAAAUGUAUGAAAAAUGGACAGUUUUAAGUUGAUUUCAUACUUCUCUGUGGCUCCAAAUGCGGUGUUUCACAUAAUUCACAUCUAAAUAAUACAACUUGUACCAUCCAGAAUAUGUUCUACUUGUAGUAUGUUUUCUUGUAGGCAUAACGAGUAAAAAACACAAAUAAAAAGGGAGGUCGCCAGACUCGUUUCUUCUCAAAAGGCAACACAAGCUACUUCGGUUUCUAAUGAUAAUUUUGCGUGAAGGGACUGAGGCGAGUUUGAAGACCUUUGAUGUCGCCAUCUUUUGUGUGCAGUAGGUGAUGUGCAGUGUAAAACAAGGGAAUUACCUUUAAAAAUAUCAGCUACGCAGACGUUAUAACUUGAAAGUGUAUCUUAACUUUGAAACGAGUCUUGACUACGCGUUGAACGAGAGAAUGUAAGUUUCAUCUCGUAACGCAACUACGAUAUAAUACUGGUAAGAAGGUUUCAGCUUCUUAUUUUUACAUAAGCUCGGAUUCCUUUGUUCUUUUCGGGGGGAAUAUAUUACAUAACCCCCAAAUCAACUGUCUGAAAAGCUGGUGGGGCUUUGAUUAUUUGAAGGGAAGAGCGGGGCUAAUGAACAGCUAAUUAAAAUGCGAGGGGAUACGUAUUAAUAUGCAAGGGGGAUAAGUGACUUAUUGCCCUUGCAUAUUAAUACAUAAUCCCCUCGCAUUUUAAUUAGCUUUUCGUAAAGAAAAAAAUUCACAAAUGUUUAUUGGAAAUAUUAAACACGACGCUAUAAGUACUAAAAUUAACCUGAGCUGCGUUUCUUUUGCGCCACAUUCUCGGAUUUUCUGAGUUGUUGGUUCAUCGAUUUCCACAGCCAGAACGACAGUCCGAAAUUGAACAGUGUCUUUAAUUCUACGGUUCCACGAAAGUGUCGUUGUCAUGGUAAGGUGUUCCGUUCUUUAACCAGUCAUCGCAAGCUAGUGUACUCCAUGAAGACAUGUAGUUGACCUCUUCGUGUUUUGCGGUAUUCUUGCUUCAUUCCUCGACUGAAUUUCCUUGUGAGUUACAGUAGUGAUCCCUCGCCCGGAAUCUUCUUUGUAUGUAAACAUGAAGGUCGGCCGAAACAUCCACGGUGCGAAAAUUGAAAUUGUCAACUGCUUGCUCGUUUUCUGCGCCCGCAAAUGAAGAUUCAAAUUGUUUUCCGAAAGCUCUUGCAGUACCGCCACUGAAGCUGCUUUAGUUGGAGUAAUAAACGGCUCUAGCUACUUCUGGCUCUGAAUCGCUCGACACUGCUACCGUAGGCUGUUUAGGCUGUUUCUAGCAUUCACUGCCAACAACUAAUUUGAAAUGCGACUUUGAAAACUAACAUAAUUAAAAAGCCAAGAAACUUGUGAAUGCCACCAGUGCCAGCAUGGAAUGUUACAAAACAAAAGAAAGAUGAACAGUAGCGGCAUUUUUCGUCAAUGUAUUUUUGCAUCCCUUGAGGAAUCCACGCCAAUCUAAAAAUAAGCCGUUUAUCGGCCUUCAGCUCGUGGUUAUGUGAUUAUUCCCCUCGUGCGUUGCCCGAGGGCAACGCACGAGGGGAAUAAAUCACAUAACCCCUCGCUUCAGGCCGAUAACCCUUAGGUAACACCAAUGAAUAAUAUAUAGAUUUAGCCAGGGCUAAAAGCGAAGCUCCCUUUAAUAAAUUUAUGAUUUAAAUCAAACACAUUAGGGCACAUUCAUGUGACUUUUGAGGGAAAGGCAAAAUGAUUUUAAAGAAUAAAUUUGCAAACAGUCCAAGAGUGAAGCGAAUCUUACAUCUAGUUAAUAGCCUCAUAUGAACACCCAAAACCUAGCAAUCUUCGAUGAGUCAAGAGCCAUAAUGGCUCAUGAUUGAUCACAGUAGAUUAGCCAAUUUACACAUUAUUUUAUAGGUUGUAUUCCUUUGUCUAAAAGCGAGGCCAAAAUAGAAAAUCAAGCCGAAUUUUUUGUGUUCGACAAGUUUGCUUUACAAAUUUUGCCAACAACAAAUCUGGUGAGGUAUAAGCCAGCCAUUUAUACUUUUUAUACAUCACUUCUGAGGUAAACUAUGCUAUGAGGCAGUGGUUCUAUAGUUAGCUUACAUACCUCGGACAGAAUGCGUUUUUCACAAUUUUGCAGGACAAAUUGUAUUCAAUCAAUAAUCAGGAAAUCGAAGCACGCGCUUUUGCAAAACAAAUUACAGAAUUGACCACAUCAGCAUUAAACGUUUUCAUGAAGAGAAUUCCAUAACGUCGGGACUGUUCAGUCAGAACAAUCUACUCCUAUGUGGUAUGCAGGGCAAUAAUGGGCUUUCCAAAAUCACCUAUACAGCUAGCUUGGUUGUUACUUUUGACAAGCGCCAAAUUUGGAGUGCAAAAUGGCGAUUGUUUGAACAACAUAAUCAAUAAUUUAUCAUUUUAAUUCUUCAUUUAAUGGUUUUAUUAUGUGUAAUCGAGUGUAAUCUUUAAAAGCGUUUGAUACGCAGAGCAUUUUGAGUACUCCUGCAAGCGAUGUUCAUGUUCGACUGAAAACAACCGGCAAAGCGGUUUUAAAAAAUUGCAAGAGACACAACUAACAAUCAAUAAAAGAAAUAAAACUCGGUGAAACAUUUACAGACACAACAAUUUUCAUUCACGAAGACAAGCAUUGAGGUUAAAAUGUCUCUGAAAAUCCUCAGUCAUGUAAGCUUCAGCAUAUAAACAACCUUACAGAUUUUUCAGCCUGCUUUCCAGUGUUUGCUAUUUUUCAAGGUGAACUCGAGGCACGAAAAUCGCUCAAAGCUUUCUUUUAACAGCCAAAGUUAUAACUAGAUAUUAUUCGGAACGUUUUCUUUCUAUUUGCGGUCAAAAAAUGUCUGAAGGCUUUUUAAAGCUCUGUAAGCUUGUCAAACCUGAUACUAGGUCAGAUCCUUUGUCUCAAAUCUUAUACAAACGUGCAUAGCCAGAAAAACUACGUUUGACUUCACGAAACCAGAAAAAAAAAAUCAAACAUUUUUAAAAACAAAAUAAUUACUCAGGCUUACCAGUCGAGAUGCAGCUUCGGAAAGCCAUCAAGUAAGGCUAGAAUCGCUCGAGACUUUUCAACCCCCUUACGCAUCAAGCGAAGUGAACACUAUGCCAACCGAAAUCGGAUUUCCAAUGACUUCGACAAGCAGCGCAUUUCUCAGCUAAUAACCCAAUAAACAGACCAUUCAUGAAUAACAGAAGAAUCUUGAAAGCAGCUGUAUAAAGACAGUUAAAAACAUCCCAAGAUGACACCUCUGUCAGCUUCAGCUAUCAUAGACUUUCUCAGAAAACAUAAAAAGUCUACCGCUGACACUUCGCGCUCGUGAAAAAAUCUGAGCUCGACUUGUAGGCAAGUCUACAGCUAUCAGUAAACAAGUUUCCAGAUGUUGCAUAAAUUUUCCGCAUGAACUCACCUGUCAAAUUUUGACCAAUCAGAGAAUAGAAAUUUGACUCACCAUGAUCACGCGUUGGUCACGCUCUACGUCCAAAGCAACUGCCUUCCCUACCUGUAAAAACUGGCUAAAUUUUCGCCUCCGAGGUCAGUUUGAAAUCAAAAUUUUAUUAGUGCAACUCAUAAAUUUAAAAAAAUUGAACUUGAGCCUGCGGUCAUCUGAAAACUUGUAGCUUGUCAGCAGAUAACAGCAAAAAAUACUCGAGGUCGAUGGGUCGAUACCUGAGCUCGCGAUCCGGUCAAGUUGGUACUGGUUAGCGGAUACUCUUUUUUGACAGCUGUCAAUUGAUCACAUUAUGGAUGUGCAAUAUCAGGCUGUACCUGGGCAUUGGUUACCCUGUGGUGCGGACGGACGGUCGGAGGCGGUCGGUGUACGGUCACGUGAUUACCAAUUUUUUUAGGAUGGAUAGAUUUCCUUAGCUAUGGGGCUCCACCCACGCUUGCGCCUCGCGCGCGCUUGGAGCUCCGCUCUACACGUCUUUUGUACAAGUUUCGUGGGGGUGUUUUCCACUUGCCAAAUUUUCAAUCAGCUCGACCACAUUUUCGAAGCAGUCUGUCGUACUGCAGUGCAAAAAAACCGCCCCUCAGGUAAGCUGUACGUAGGUACUUUUAUAAAUCUUAGAAAAAAAAAAACUGCUUUUAGUAAAUAUAAAUUAAUGAAAGGAGGAGGAUGGGGAGGAGGAAAAGGAGAAACUUUGCGGUUAUCCGUUAAGUUGUAUGCUCUACGCGGAUGACUUGGUCAUAUUCUCCAAAUCAAAAAACGGACUGCAGAAUUAUUUGGAUUCCCUCGGUGAAUACUGCAAAGAAAACGACUUGUCGGUUAACCUUAAUAAAACUAAGGUGUUAAUUUUUAAUAACUGCGGGAGAACCACGAAUAAGCACGUAUUAUACUAUAGAGGCAGUAAACUUGACAAUGUUAGCAAUUACAAAUAUCUUGGCCUACAAUUUAGUACUUAUGGGACCUUCAAGUACGCUAAACAGGAAAUAAAGAAGGUUGCCCUUAAAGCUUUGUACAAACUCAGGAAGGAAAUGGGCGACCAUUUGAGAGACGAUGUACAGCUCACAAUGAAAAUUUUGACACGGUUAUUUCCCCAAUACUCACCUACGGAAGCGAGGUCUGGGGGGUCGAUCACGACGGAAAGCUAGAAAAUGAUCCAAUUGAGUUUGUUCAAACAAAGUUCAUAAGGUGGCUAUUGGGAGUUAACAAAUUCUGUAGCUCAAAUGCGUGCAGAUCGGAGGUAGGCCGUUUCCCAAUGCGAACGAAGACAAAGUGCAGAGCCAUUAAAUGUGACCCUCCACAGGACUUUAAUGCUAAAGGUGAAAGCACGCGCACGACACGCUUUCACUUUAAAACAAAAGAAUUUAUUUUAACACGCCUUAGCACGCUUGCAAUCUUGCCUCAUUAGCAAUUUCUUUUGUUUCAGAGGACACGCUUGAGACAAUUAAGCGUGAGCAAGUCGAACAAAAGAGCGUGUUAAAGUUUUCAAACAAAAGCUCCGUGCGAAAAAGGACAGCACGCAAGGCGUGUUAUCUAUAAGCUAAAUAAAUUUCCUCUACAAAAAGGAACCGUAAAUGAUUAUGAACGGCACCCUUUUUUGGUAACUAUCGAGAAAGAAAAAGUUACACCUCAGCGAUCGCAGCGAUAGUAUCUGAUUGAAAAAACGUUGUCGCUUGAAAAGUAUAAACAGUGAACGGUGUGACCUACUGGAUUUAUGGGUAGAACUAUAUUAGCAUUGCAAAAUCAAAGUUCUUUCCAGAAAUGUUUACUGACGAAGCUGUGCAAAGGUUAUCUUAACUUUCCUUAAUUUAAAACACAUUUGCAAUUUUCUCAGAAACAGUGAUCUUUCGGACUUAAGACACUUUCUUGCCGAUCGCAGCAAUCGCGAUCAAAUAUAAUAGAAAUCAUCAAGUGCCAGGAUCACUAAAUUCUAUUUAUUUUUUAGCGAUUGCACGGAUCGUAGUGAUCAAAUGAAAACCAGCCUGCUUUUCUAGAUGUACUAAAAUUCCAAAACGCUUCCAACGUUGCUUAAUUGAUCCGGCGGACAAUCACACAAAAAGCGAAACAUCAGUUAAUUAAUGACUGUUUCACCGCUUUUUGAAUAGUAAGCAAAAAAUGUAUUUUUUAACAGAAUUCCGAAAUUGUAUGGUGCUUUUUUGUUUGAUUCUUUGUUUUUGCCACGAUAAUACGGCGUGUUUAGAGUACUAAAGUUCGAUCCGAGAAUUAAAUCUCUGUCAGUCACACACUGAGAAAAGAGAAAAAGAACUACAUUAAAAGUAGUCCGCGUGAAAUUCUUGAAGGCAAUCAUUUGUUCCAUAAAGUUCGGUCAUUGAAUUAAUUCAUCGAGCUCGAACUAAAGGGGUGACGGUCAAGCUACUCGAAAGUGAUGUCGUUUGAAGUUAUGUCGUCCAAAACCUGAUAAUAUGAGUUUUGUCGCCCAAAAUUCAAAGAAAAGUCGCCCGCAAUCCUCCCUCAUUCUACAGUGUUUUUAGUUUACAGAUUCUUGUUUUUUUCGUCCUGUGAAGAACGAGAUAUAGUACACGUUUACAGCGCUUGAUUCGUCUUAGCAUAGCGUAACGAGAUAUCUUUACAUAAAUUAUGAUUGAUAGCGCUUCGUUCCUCAGGGGCACCUGACGGCAAUUUCCUCCUAAAUGCAUCCUAACAUCCUAGGACAACUUCAGUCUUUUCGAAAUUACAAGGGCUUCAGCAUUAUUUUCCCAAAAAAUUUAGCUUCCAAUUGAAAGUUUUAGGAAAGUGAGAAUUUUAUCGUAUUUUUCGGUUCCGAAAAUUUUAGGAUUCCUUAAUUCUCUACGAAAAAUAGCUUAACUGGGGAAUGAAAUGGAAAAAAUUAAACUUCGGAAAAUCGUAAGGAAUUUAUUGGAUAACCUUCGAAAAUUAUUGUACAUGCAUGAAACGGUCAUCUAGAAAUGUUUAGCCUUCCUCAACCCAUAGAAAAUUCUAGGCAGUUUUUGUUUCUCCGAUUUAAUUACCUUCCUUCGUCUCAGCAUGGCUUAAAGAAAUAUAUUAAACUAAUUUAUUCAACUUCAUUUCUCUGUGCAUUACUGCUAAUAAAUAUUCCGUUGGCAUAACUAUAAUUUUCAGGCGACAUAACUUCAGUGCAUCGCAUGCGAUAGCAGGCCUCUUUGCGAUUCUGGUUAACAGCCGACAGCCGGAGGAAUUGGUCUACACUGAUCUCGCGUUAAUUCCAGGCUAAACCACCAUUAAGUCGUGAUUUUCAAAUGGCCACGGUUACUAUCAAAUUCCAAAACAGUCUCAAUUGGUAUAUGUGAUUCACUUCGACCAGUUAUCAAUGCUGAUUAAAUCCGCUGAAAACCCAAGCCAUUUUUAUCAUCUUAGCGGUUUUAGUAAUCAAGCGUGUUCAGCGUGUCUUACCCAAAUUGCACGCUAACCGUGCUAUAAUUCGCACACUUACCGUGACAUAUGGCACGCUACAAAAAAACAAAAGGUUUAGCGUGUUAAAUUUGCCAAAACAAAGGCAAGUGUGUCCGUCUCUGUUUUUUCAAUUUAAUAUGAGCAUAUCCGUCUACGGCACGCUAAGCGUGUCGUGCAAGAGUGUCGUGCGCUUGCUUUCACCUUUAGCAUCAAAUUCCUGUGGAGGGUCACAAAUAUUGGCUGAAAUUUUGUGAGCCGGAGCACCAAAAUAAACUCUCUGGAAUAGCAUUUACAGACCAAAUUGGUCAAGAUAAAAAGGAACUUUGGUCAAGCAAAUUAAAACGACUAUUAAAUCUCGCAGGUCUUGGCGACAUAUGGUCAGCGAAAACUAACACUCCCGCAAUCAUGAACUAUAUACGACAGAGACUCUUAGACAUAGAACAGCAAACAUGGAUUAGGGAAAUACACAAUGAUGAACGAAAGGACCCGCAUCAAAAAAACAAACUAAAAACUUUUAGGAAAUUUAAACUUACCCAUGACUACGAAAAUUACCUCACAAAUGUAAGAAACAUCAAUCAUAGAGUAGCAAUCACAAAGCUAAGAUUAAGCAGCCACAAACUAGCAAUUGAAACUGGACGAUACGUUAAACCCUAUCAACCACCAGACCAAAGAAUCUGUCCAUUUUGUAAAACUGGAUUAGAAGACGAGGAGCAUUUUUUGAUGAAUUGCAUAGCCUAUAGGGAUCCUAGGAGAGAGCUGUUCAAUACGUUAAAAAAGGAAACUAAUCUUAUUCUUGACUCUAUGACUCCAAGCACUGCCUUUACAACGUUGAUAAGUAUGAAGCAAGGAGAGAAAACGCAAAAAAUUGUGGCUAAAUACGUAUAUGAUCGCUUCCGCGAAAGAGAUAGACGCGUUAAAUAUAACCUUUUAAAUAGUUGUAUAAAUUUUACAAAUGUACACCUCUGUAAUUAUUGCACGAAAAUCUUUGUUAUCAUUGUAAACACAUGUGUCUGUAGGGGCUCUGUUGAUAAUAAAGCACUUAUCCUAUCCUAUCCUAUCCUGUAAUAUACUCCAAGUCUGCACAAGACAAACUCGUUUACUAAACUGUUAUUCUCACUUUUAGGUCAAAGACACUUUUAUAAACAAACUCGGGGAUGUAGAGGUAAAAAAUAUGGAAGAGGUUAAGCAGCUAUCGUACUUUCUGACCGAAGCAACGGAGGGAAGACAAGAUAUGUCAAUUUCCGUGCUGGUAAGUUACCAGUAAACAAAGCAGUGUAAUAUACCUUUUGCAAUGGUUUGUAACGUGAUCAACUCUCCAAAACAACGAAAACUAUUCAUUUUGGAAAAAAACUGUUUAUUAGGAGCUAACUUUCGUUAAAUCUUUCCACUACCGGGAUGAAAUUUUCUGUUCUGAAUAAAAGAAAAUCUUAGCGCUUUUAAUAAUAUGUAACGGAAAGAUUUUAAUGUGGUUUAAAAAAUUGCAAUGCUUUGAGUCUAAGACCACUCAACUGUGAUUGGGUGGCAAGAGUUGUUUUCCCCUUUGAAAUCCUUCUAGUUUUCGGUGGCUCUUGUAAUCGCUUCUUUUGAUAUUACGGCCAAAAACUCACAGGUUUAUAGCUCUUUUUCUAAAAUGAACUGUUUUCGUUUUUAAAGAAAGUUACUAACGUCAACAACUACUCUAUCGCUUGGUGACUUGGGCCUACCCAUCUUGUGAAUCUCAACUUUUAUAAAAUAUAUGAAGCAUUCGAAUUUAAUAAGAAUGGAAACAAUUAAAAAUCUACAGAAUGACAGAAUCCCCAAAAAACAAACCAGCAAGCAAACAAACAAAAAAACCGCUUUCUACGUGAGGAGUUUCAUUUAUUUAUUUAUUUAUUUAUUCAUUUACUGAUUUAUUUUUUUUUUCAAAUUCCCUUCCAUUUUAACUACCAGAACUGAUAUGGUAAACAGCUGGAUGUAACUCUUCCCUUCGGGGCAAUAAUCUUCUCUUUACUAAACUUAGGUACUAUAAGUAACCAUUUUGAUAGAUUAAUGAGUACGUUCGAGUUUUGAUCGUCCAGGUUAGCUUUCAUACACUCAAGCAUUAUUUUAAAAAUAGGGAAAAGAUCGGCUUCAAGAAUGGUCGAUAAAAAUGUGAAGUAGAUCGUUAAAAGUUCUAUGCUGUUAACAAGAUAAACAUAUCUAUUAAUCAUAUAACCUUCAAAAGCAUGACGGCCUCGACGGUUAUCCUGGCUUCGUGCGUGACACCACUUGAAGUGAAAACUAUUAUCAUAGGAGCGACAGAAACAUUUUACGUUUUUGCGAGAUUGUUGAUGUCAGUGAACCAGACGAAAUCUUUUGCCAUUGUGCAAACUGUUCAUCUUCAUAAUUUCAGUUUGGGUAGGGUAUUUUACAAUUUUUUUUUAAAGUUAUCUUGCUUGGCGGGCAAGAUGGUCUUUUCUACAAAAUCCCGCGUCGGAAAAGCAAAUGUGUAGCUAAUGUGUUAUAAACUGAUACCAGGGGCACCCAACGUCAAUUUUCGGAAAAUGUCUGUUCGGUAGACGAAUUUGCAGAACAUUUGUUGUAAAAGUUCUUGCUUGCCUGCCUCUCCUAGGAUUUUCGAACAUCUGAAAAAGAAUGGUAUAAUUGCCCAUUUUUAACGGAUUUUUACACUAAAAAGGUCACCUAGAAUUUUCCGGAGCCCUUUUACUGGCUGAAAUUUUCGAAAAGGUAAGUUUUGAUCCCUAUAAUUUUCGGAUCAUUAGACUUUCAGCUAGGAAAUCCGAACAGAUGAAAAAUUUUUAAGAGGUAAAAAUAUGCCAAUAUCCACCUUUUAAAUACUAAAAUACGUUUAACAGUGCUUUGUUUAAGUGGUUUUGAACUAUAUUCUCGUUGGGUUCCCCUGUGAUACUAUACCUGCCAUCUCUUACGCCUUAGGCGUGAGUCUCACGCCUGCGGGUUGAAAACUUCGAUCUCACGCCGGCUGACGCCUGCGGGCCAAUUUCUCACGCCUGAUUGAAAAAUGUGAGUUGCUGCCCUCUUGCUUGACACAAUUUCCAAAAAUAUGUUAACUCAGACCCAUGUCAGGAACGAAAACCAUGUGUAAAUGAAUAAAUAACAAUACCUUCCUCGCGAUCUCUGAUUUUGUGGAUAAGCGUUUUCUCGAUAACUUCGCCUUCGGCAGACUUCGGACGUCUUCGGACUUCUUCGGAAGACUUCGGACUUCUUCGGGAAUCUUCGGAAAUGAUCAUGUCGUCUGCAAAAAUCCCAGAACUCCCAGGAUAAAAAUCUCACGCUUAUAUCUCAGAAAAAGUUGGCAGGUAUAUGAUACGCGGGUAAAAGUCUUCAAACGUACUUUAUCCUAAAAUGUUUUUCGUGCAUGUGACUGUGAAGUAAAACUACAAAUACAAUACAUGAAUAGACUCAAUGAUAGACUAAAACGCUUAGGUAAAUUCCUCACGGCAAAUGGUACCUGUGAUGUGUCUUUCUGUUUCAGCUCGAUUUGACCGGUAUAUUAACAUAUUAACUAAGGAAGGUGUAGCAGAAUCGCCAGCUCAGCGGUAAAACCAGCUUUGAAAACAUUUCCAACCUGUUUCAUUCACUUGCCUAACCCAAAUAACUCCGUUCUUUAACAUAGUUGCGUCAUCUUAUUGACCUUGAUCGAACCAGAGUAAUGCACGUGCGCACAAAAUUAAAAUAGCGUCAGGGUCUUCAAUCUUCAGUAAAACUACUUUCCACGAGGUGCGCAGUUGCUAUUUGCGCAUAUGACAUCAAUAACACGAGUUAAAUGAUUCAAAAUGGCGCAGAAAAUGCAGACGUACGACGAAAAACGCUGGCUGAAAAGGUCACCCUUGAGUAACAAAAGAUACCCAAGUACCACAGGAACCCCAUGAUUAUUUGUUGCGUUCUCCUCUCCGCGUCGAAGGCAAUUACUUUUUCUUGCACUCCUUUAAAUUACUUCUUUCAUUUAUCUCAGAAUAACAGCGUUAAUCUUCUGGAAACCUUGACUGAUUAUCUCUGGAAACACGUUGAUGAGGGUGGUUAUGACAAAGAUGCGGUCCAAAGCGUAGGAGGGGUUGUUUUUAAGGGCAUUUCUAACGCAAUCGGAACCAUUACGGCAGACAAAGGUGCAAACUAUGAAGGAACUAUAUUUGAAAAGGUUGGUUUAGCUAAUGACGUACAUGAAUUCUUUGUUUGCAAAAAAUCAUCUUGUUAUUUAAAAACUUCUAUUUUUCCUUCAGUUAACUUGUCAGGUAAUUUCAUGACUUAUUUUAGCCAGGCAACACGUGAGGUAAUGAACUAGUCCUUCAGGACUAAUUACAACUAGGAGCAACGAGGGUCGGGGAACACGUCCUGGCUACGUCUUUUCGUUUCUGUUCCCACUUUUUCUCCAAAUUACAUCCACUUGAAAGUAGGGGAAUAAAUUAAGUUGGUUUUGAAUUCAAGUCGAAUUCAGACAGAUAUGGCAAAAUUUGUCGCGUUGCCGUUGUACAUUGUACCUGUUCUGUAAUCAACUUAGGCGCCGUUUAUAUGGAGAAAACCUGUACCGGGCAGAAUGUUCACCCUUCCUGCCGCGUCAACCUUUUGAGCGAACGUUUAAUGGAGAAAAAGGCUGACUCCUUUUUCCAAGCUAACAGUGCUCGCGCAUGCUCUAAUUGUCUAAAACAGCUCGAGCAUGCUUUGAUUGCCUCGCCUCGACCGAGUUUACCAGGCUGGGCCAGCCAGAGUGUUUAUAUUGAGAAAAUUUGGCCAGGCUAAGAGGGUGACCGGGUGAUUUGACUCGGCCGUGGGACCUCCCCUCUAGCAGAGCCAACGUUUACUUUCUCAUGUAAACGGGCCGCCACGUUUUGUAUUGAAAUGUAUGAAUAAAGUUGGCGCUAUCCUGGAACAACUUGGCUCCAUAUAAACGGGACCUUAAAAUUUGGUUAUUUCACGUCGUAGUUUUGGCAAGAGAAAUCACAUGCAGAUUUGUCGUUUGCUCACUGAUCGAACCUUUUGUGUUUCAUACGAUUCCCGUUGCCGUCACUGUGGUAAAUUCGUAAGGUCCCGAUCUCAUGAAGCAAGCAACAUUGAGUAGACUUUGUUCGCUCUAGUCUUACCUUAAUUCUCAGAGGUGGCCUUUACAUUUGUCAGGUCACAAAAAAAUUUGCGAAGAAUUUUCCGUUCAUUUCUAUUUAUUUACAGAGUGCCACAGAAAACACCCUCUCACUCAUCGACAAAUUAGGGGCCACUUUGUUGUCCACUAAAGCUGUUGGUGAGGAGCCCAGUUCACUGAACACUUCAACACUCUUGAUGAUCCUUGACCGGCAAAAACCGGCAAUUAUGGGAAACCGGACUUUGGGAACACAGCAGGAGAAACGCGUAAUCUUACCCUCUUCUGAAACACUUUUUGCAAACUACAAUUUUUCGUCAAGUUACGUGGACGCUCAGGUGAGUGAGUGGUAUGCAAUGUUUAACACAACUUAAGCCUGAUUUAGCAUUCACAGAAUAUGCAUGAUUACUAACAGUAGUGGUAGUAGUGGCAAUUUCAUUUUAAACUCAAAUAGUCAGAAAAAUUAAAGCAAAUUUAAUUGCAUGUUCAAACAUGCUUGAGGGGUCUUGUACUAGUCUAUGUGAGACAAACGGAACAAUGAUUUUUUAAUCAUAUUACACUUGUCGCUGGUGGCACCGUUUUGAAAAGUUUCAUUAUUUGUGUUUCCUCUUCAGAUGCUUUUAUUGAACCAAAAUCCUUACACCUGGGACGAGAGCUCAAAAAACAUCUCUUCGCCUGUUAUAAAGUUUGAACUGAAAACGGAAGAAGGAUCGUUGAUGAACAUUUCCGAUCUUAAAGAACCUUUGAGUCUCUUUUUACCUGUAAUAAUGCAAACAGACGGCGAAGGGAAUGAUUCUAGUGACCAUUUGUUUAUCAAGCCUGGUAAUACUCUUCAGUAUCACAAAGUGUAUCUAGAUUCUGAUGAUAUGAUAGCAUUUGUAAAACUACGGCCCUCAGAUAACGCUGCUUUUGAUGUCUUUGUGAGCGGUGGCAGAAAACCAACUGAAAGAAAUCACAGUCUUAGUAAAAGAAUCCCUGACUUGUCAUCGUGCACAUCAUCUUAUAACAAACGCGCAUACAUGAACUGUACAAGUAGCGCGUUCGUGUUUUUCUUUUCAAGCACGUUGACGGGCCAAACAGGCGUUCAUUACAUUGGCAUUCGUCUGGCAAAUACAGCUGCAAUCCCAUCAAGAAACAACUCGAAAGUGACUGCUCGGAAAACUAGGUCAUGCGGUGUGGGCUGUGGUAGAGAGAAACGAUCGUACAUCCGACUUAAAUAUCCCCCUACCACCUCUCCCCCAACGACUAUUAUAAUACCACCGUAUAAUGGAAGCACAGAUGUGAACUACACUAUGCUUAUCACCAUGCCAGAAUGUGUCUACUGGUCGGUUAGCAAACAGGCUUGGAUUAAAGAUGGAUGCAAGGUAUGAAUCUCCCUAUGAAAAAGAAAGAAAAUUGUAAAACCACCUUUAGUAGUUUCGAGCUGAUUUUCACUCCGCACCUGACGAAAUUUAGAUAAUCCUCUGUUUGCCUUACCCACAGUCAUCUCAGACGCAUAGGGAAUAGACGAACAAGGUUAGAAUCUGAAUUGAUUUUAUAACGCGCAUGAAACAUUCCGGGGUUUAGCAAGGUCGUGCCCGCGAGUCUUCCUCAGCAUGUAUGUCUAGGCAUGUCACCUUUCGGCACAAUGAGCUUAUAUCGUCCGUGAGAGUGUCGAUUCGUUGGAAAACAAAGAUGUUUAAGGCCAAGUCUAUAGGAAUCCAGAUAUUUUUGAAACCGCUUACCGAAACCGCACUUUCAUGAAACCGUUGUCCAGAGUUGUUAAAGGCCCCGUCCACACGCGGGCCUAAAUUUGAGGCCUUUUUCAAGAUGGGUGUCAUCAACACGUGCAUUCUUCUGCAUAAUAUUGAGGAUUUGCCUUCACUGUCACUUCCAAAAUCAUUUGUUUGUGAGUUUUAGGCCAUGAAUCCGGACAUUUCUGAAACCGCAUUUUUUUCUUUAUCUGCUGAUUGGUAUGGAUGCUCUCUUCAAGUGUUUUGGAGUGCAUUUUAAAAACAAUGUGUGGAUUCACUGGUUUCGUGUGGAGGGAAGGCCGAUUCGUUUAAAUAAGUAUGGGUUUCCAAAAUAUCCGCAUUCGUGUGGAUGUAGCCUUAUAUUCUGGUACUGAAGAAAGACUGAUAUAUAUAAAUAGGAAGAAGAGAUUAUGGCGAGUAUGAAGCUAUCUGUUUGUCACUGAGGGAGUUAAACCAGGAUGAACUGAAGUAAUAUUAUAUUAACUGUAGCUCUAGGCCCAACUAUUUGGCACAUGAGCUGUUAAUGAAAAUAUUGCUUCUACACAAGCCGUGCGUAAUUUAAAAGUAGAAAUUGAUCAUUCAAUUCAUUAAACAUGGAGAAGCAUAUCAAGAAAACUGUAUCAAGAAAACUUUUAAACCACCUUCUUACAUUAAGGAACAUAGCUAAGAUUCGUAAAUACUUUAGUCAGAAAACUUUUGAAAAUCUUUUUUCAUGCAUUUAUAAGCUCCAAAGGUGAUUCUUGUAACUCUUACCAACAGUUUACACCAGCAACUCGGCGUGUAAUUACACAUACUAAGGAAUUCGAUCAAAUGUAGUACUUCUGUUUUAACCGAGCUUUUCUGGUUGCCUGUGCAUCAUAAUUGUAUUUGCUUUCUACUAAGCUCCACGUGGUCUGGCCCCAUCGUGAAGUUUUUUAUCUUUAAGUUACCGGAAGUACUAUAGGUUUGUAUACGUUCUAGCAGUCAAGAAACUUUUCGUUAUACCGAAUAGUAGGAUAAAAGCGUAUCGACAUAGAUCUUUUUCCAUUGCAGCUCCCCAUUUAUAGAAUGGAUCGUCCUUUAUGAAAUAAGAAAGUCACUGUCGUUGAAUGAAUUUUAGCUACCAGCUUGACUAAAACACCUUAAUUUUAUUCUAAACAGCUUUUAAUUCAUAUAUCUCUUUUAAUAUGCAGAAUCAAAUAUAGUUUAAAUUUCUUUAUUGUUUCCAUUACAUUCAAAUUAAUAUUAAUUUUUUAAUCUAUCUAAGUAAGCGCAUUGGACACUAAGCGGAAAACAGCGCCAUAUAAUUACACACGACAAAACAUAAUUAUACACAAGAUAAAAUAAGGUAGGUGUCCCUCUUAUAUAGGUUGCUGUUAAGAGACAGUUGACUAUAUUAUUAAUUAUAAUUACUAUUAUUAUUAUUAUUAUUGUUAUUAUCAGCAUUUCUUGCAAUUAAUCGUUUCAUUGCAUGUUCAACCAACAGCUGGGAUCAAAGACCACUAAUGAGCAACUCCACUGCUUAUGCAACCAUCUUUCGGCAUUUGGAGGAAGUAUAUUCGUAGCGCCAAAUCCGAUCGACUUUGAUACAGUUUUCAUAAAGUUUACUAAACUAGGGGAGACAAAAAACGUCGUGGUCCUGGCUACAGUGUGUGUCAUAACUGGAAUUUAUUUCAUUGGUCUCGUGUUUGCUCGUAGAGCUGACAAAAAUGACAACUUUAAAGUAAGUGUUCAUAUUUUAUCAUUUUACUGUUGAUUCAUAUUUUCGCACAACGUUCUCAUUUGCCACCUUUUUAGUAGUUCUACUAAUGAAUAUGUAUACAAAGCUCAGUCGGUGAUUCCCUGGUGGGCGGACAAAGCACUAGCGCUAGAAUGAUCGAAUGGUCGACUCCUUGGCUGAUUGAAAUAGUUCUGUCGAAUUUGUUAUGCUCAAAUUGUCAGCCUUUCAAUCUUCUUACCAGCACCGUCAUAAAUGUACAAAACAAACGUCUGUAGAGGUUGCUCUAAAACUAUCCCCACAUUCAUUUAACUUCAGAUUGUUUUACUGAGUUUCGCUGUUACUUAUGGAAAAGUGGUAGUGCUGAUACGGUUUGUUGGUAGGAAACAUCUGUUUUCGAUUGCUGACCCAUCGAUCCAGCUGUUGGAAUCGAGAUAAAUAGGAUGAAUAAGAUCAACUUUGUACUUAUCUGCAAUAUCAUUACACUUCAGAACUUGCUUACAUGUCUUCUUCCAAAAAUCUUAAACAAAAAGAUUAUAUGUUGUUCAUUUGUAGGUUGUGGCGCAUGUGCUGUUGGGUGACGGAAGCGUUGAGUCGAAUGGAUAUCAAUACGACGUUAGUAUCCAAACAGGAAUGUGGAACGAUUUCGGAACAACUGCGAAAGUCGGGAUGAUAAUAUCAGGAAAGGAAGGAUCCAGUAAUGUGCUUUCUUUAAACGAUAUGCCGAUUUCCCGCAAAUUCUUCUCGCGAGCCAGUGUCAAUAACUUCACCAUUUUCGUCAAAAAACCGCUAGGGGACCUAACAGGUGUCUACGUGUGGCAUGAUAAUAGUGGACGCCGUCCAUCCUGGUACCUACAACAAAUUCUAAUCACUGAUGUACAAACAAAAAGGGAGUGGUACUUUUUUGCCAAUCAGUGGCUUGCUUUGGAUAAAGGAGCCGGUGUUACUCAGCUACAUCUCAAGGUAAGGUACUUUAUUUCAUCGGCGAAGAUUUCUAUUCUCCUCCUGAAACACAAGUAUUUUGAAGGAUCCUCUUAACUCUUUCUUUAUUAUACAUAUAACCUAAAUGCAGAAAUAAAUUUAAUGUAAAUUGCUGUGACUUGAUAUCUGCAAACUCCAGGGUAGAGUGAAUAGCUAUGGCAUAACGUGAUCUUUAUCACUGGGACAGGCCAGAUAGACUAGAGAUGCAAUCAUUGUUUAGUAACGCUUACGAUUCCUACACGGAUUCAACUACUGACUCUGCUAGGCUAGUCUAAAGCUAAACAGCCUGUAGAUACUUCUAUCACACAAACCUACGUUUUGCUGAGCCUACUAAUUGUCGGCACUGUUGUCGGUAUGUGAGACUGCCGUUGAGGAGUUUUCUUAAAGAACGUCCUAGAGCAUAAUUUCCUUAAAUACUACAAUUUGUACGUCAGAAGACUAAUAAAGAUUCGUUGGGAUCUCUUGGACAUGGUGUACUAUUAAUGAUUAUUUAUUUCAUUUAGUUAAGUGUGUAAUGGUGGCCCCUAAGUGACAAGAGGUCUCAGGUCUAAGUACUGUUCUAAUCAUCUACUAAAAAUUGCUUUUCGGUUUCAAUUUUUAGCUUUAUUGUAAAAUUACAGAUUUUAGAUUCCUUCCGUCUGUUUUUGCUCCUGUUGAUUACCCGGGUCCAUAAUCGUAAAUUAUGAAGCACUUUUGUUACCUUAUCUUUUCAAAAGACAUUCAGUUUGUGGUUACUUUUUAUUUUCAAAGUUUUCUUUAUGUGUUAGUACCUUCAAUCGGUGUACCAUUUUGUGUAUGUAUAUAGACAAGGGGCAGAUCGAGGCAUCUAAAUACUUUGCUCCAUUAAAUUUGUUCCUGUUAGGUUGCUGAGGGAAAGGAGCUUAUCGCAUUCAAGAAUCUGUUCAUCUCCAGGGUAUCACGCAGCUUAGGAGAAGGUCAUCUUUGGAUUUCAGUGUUCACAAGGCCUAGUCACAAUCCCUUCACACGAUGUCAAAGACUCUCGUGCUGUCUUUCCUUUCUGUUUGCUGCAAUGGUGACGAAUGCUAUGUUUUACCAGUUCGAUAAACCCUUGACUGACACGUUCAAAUUGGGGCCACUGACAAUCAGCUGGACGCAAAUUAAAAUAGGCAUACAGAGUAGUGUCAUAUGCAUUCCGAUCAACUUUCUCAUGGUCUUCAUCUUCCAAAAUAUCAAGCAAGCAGAUUCAUAUGAUUCCUUUGUCCUUGACGGAAAUAAAAGGCAGCGUUCCGGUUUCCUUCCACAUUUCGUCUUGUAUAUUGCCUGGGCCUUGUGUUUCCUAGUGUCGAUAACUGGGGCCUUUUUCACCAUUCUUUAUAGCAUGCAAUGGGGUGCAGAUAAAUCCAACCAGUGGGUAACAUCUAUCUCUGUGUCUCUCGCUCAAGAUGUGCUUAUCUCGCAGCCAAUUAAAGUGGUCGCCCUUGCGACGCUGUUGUCGUUCAUCAUAAGAAAACCACCAAAGAUAGACUCUGUUGUGGGACCAUCUUUUUACAAGAAUAAACUUGGCCGUAAAGCAAGUUGCUUAUCACCGACUGAUCUUAAAAGAGAAAAGGAACAGAGCAUUAAAAGUAGAAAGGCGUUAGAAGCAUCAAAAGACAUUUUAACCUUUCUGGUAUUCGCAUUUCUGUUGAUGGUAAUUUGUUAUGGGAAUCAGGACGUUGCACGAUACCACAUAACUAAGGCUGUAAACGACUCAUUCGCUGCUGACUUUGAAGAAGUAAGCGUAGAAGUAUUUUCCUAUUAGAAUGCUAUGAUGGCUUUGCUUUAAUGUUUGUUCGGUAGCCCAAACUACAAUUGGCGACAAAAUUAGUUGACACACUUUGCCCUAAAGGACUUUCCUGACGUUUUACCCGAGUACAAAAGGGGGAAAUAAAGCUUUCCCUCCCCCAUCCCCUCCUUGCAAUGUUGUGCAGGUGUUCGUACCUGUAGAAAACAAAAAACACCUGUUCUUUGAAUGGAGGGGGGAGGGGGUGGAUUGUUUUGUUCUCUGAAGUUACCUUAUUUGUUAAAAUUUUUCAACAAUUGCCACACUUUGCCCUAAAGGACUUUCCUAACGUUUUACCCGAGUACAAAAGGGGGAAAUAAAGCUUUCCCUCCCCCAUCCCCUCCUUGCAAUGUUGUGCAGGUGUUCGAGCUACCUGUAGAAAACAAAAAACACCUCUUCUUUGAAUGGAGGGGGAAGGGGUGGAUUGUUUUGUUCUCUGAAGUUGCCUUAUUUGUUAAAAUUUUUCAACAAUUUUGUCGUCGAUUUUGUACAAAAUGGUACAUUAAGUAACCAGUUCAACAAAUUUGCCUUCAUUUGAGAAUUCAAAACAUAAGAAUCUUACGGGAUAUUUACAUGGAUGGAGUAAGAUCCUAGUACCAGCAGGAAGAUCCUAGAAGGCGGAACAACUUUUUGUUGGCUUUACAUGUAGCAAUUUUGGUCCGUGAGGUCAUCAAGUAGAGAAAGGAUUAAAGAUGGCGGGUGACAAAAAAAACCAUGCCGUUUGGGCGCUUCUUCUCUCUUUAACGGCGUUAAUAACUACCUUUAAGCAGAAUUAUCACAAUAAUGUUCGACCGUUAUUGCCAUGAUUACCCACUAAACGACCUGCAGCCAUUUUUGUCUGGCCUGUCCCUAAUACUAGGAUCUUCCUUAAGGCAGUUUACAUAGUGCUAGGAUUUUUCUAGUACUAGGAUCUUCCUACCUCUCAAUUAGGAAUCCUAGCGCCAGGGACAAGUACAACCCUUUGCAUGUAAACUGAAUACAGAAAACAUAUAGCGCUAGGAUUAUCCGCCUUCUAGGAUCUUCCGGGUGCCCGGAUGUAAACAGCCCGUUAGUCACAAUUACAACUAUCUAUCGACAAUUUUUAUAAAACUUUUAGCAUGCCUAUAAAUAUUUUUGCAACUGGUUCUCCUUUAUUGUUGUGACCUUAUCUUGUGUCCCAAACACAGGUUACCGAUACGGCUUCUUUCUGGGAAUGGAUUGAAGGAAAUCUUAUCACUGGUCUGUAUGAUGCAAUGUGGUAUAAUGGUAGACAAUUUGAAUACAAAGAAGGAUACAUCAGCAACCAUGAAGAGUUUAUGAUUGGGAUGCCACGUCUCCGGCAGUUGCGGCUAAAACUAAGUAAGAACUAUAACAAUUUUAUUGCUGUGGUGAUGACAAAGUUACUGCAUAGCAAGAUUUACAGUGCAGUAUUUUGGAUAAAAAUACCCCUUAUGAGUUAUUCUCCUUAUUUUUUAUGACGGAUCUAGAUAGUCUUUACGUUAAUCUUGUUAAGGUAGAUUCACACACACCCACAAAACACCAUUUGACUGAGAAUAUUUCAAGGUCAGUUUGUGUGGUCCUAAUGCGGUUUGCUUAAAAUGGGGGUGCAGUGUACAAGACAGCUAUUCAAGUUAACUCAAAUUUGUUGUCUUCAUUUCUAUCUUUCAGAACAGUGCUACCUAAAUGAUGCUCUCAAUUUCAAAGAUCGUUUUAAAAUAUGUCGCCCUGCAUACUCAUCCGACGACGAAGACAGGGCCGCUUUUAAUCUCCCUGGGUGGAUUCCAGUAACAACUCACAACAAAUCGCAUAAUCCUUACGAACUCUAUCCACAAGCGUGGAGGUAUCAGUCGAAAGAAACCCUAGGAUCUCUUUCAUAUCUUGGUUAUGAUGGUGGAGGGUACGUUGCUUCGCUAGGCUACAAUAAUAAAACAGCUAUAGAUGUUGCGCGAGACCUUAAGGAACACGGAUGGAUCGACGAAUCAACCGCAGUGGUGUUCAUAGAGUUCACUCUAUUUAACCCAGCGACCUCGCUAUUCACGUUUGGAAAAUACACCUUUGAAACACAACGCACAGGUGGGGCUGUUGCCAACACAUACGUGACUACCCUAUCACUUUAUCCGUCUUCUAACAAUAAGUUUCAAUCAUUUUACGAAGUAUGCCAGCUUGUGUUCCUUAUUGUUAUCGUGGUUUGCUUCAUUGUGGAGUUGGUGAAGUUCAUACGACAAAAGACCCAGUAUCUUCGUCAGUUGUGGAAUUGGAUUGAAUUACUAUUGCUUGUUGUCUGCACUUUAGCUGUGGUUACAUCAUUCCUGAAGGGAAAAUACACCACUUUGUAUGUGAGAAAUGUUCAGGAAAACCCGUAUGAAACAUUUAGCCCUGACUACCUGCUAAAAUGGUCCUCUCAAGAGAUCGGGUGGCUCGCCGCGACUAUUUUUAUCCUAACACUGAAGUUGCUGAGGCUAAUUCGAUUCAAUAAACACAUCUGCCAAAUGCAAGGGACUAUGAAGCGAUCUGCGAGGCCGCUCAUAUCAUUUGUUUUUGUCUUUGGAAUCGGGAUAAUGGCUUUUACUUACUUCGCUUGUAUUGCUUUCGGCAGCCAGGCAUCAACUUUCUCGUCGCUGUUUAAUUCAGUUAAGACAAACUUGUUAAUGUCCAUCGGAAAACAAGUUGACUAUGUGGAAAUAUACCUUAUGAAUUCGCAGGUCGAACUGAUAUUCUUCUCUCUCUAUUUCUUGUUUACGAUCUGUAUUCUGAUAAGCAUUUUCGUCGCCGUGAUUGCUGAUUCGUACACCGAAAUUCGAGAAGACCACGGUGAAGACUUCCAAGACGCUGAAGCGGGUUCGUUCAUGUUCGACAACUUUUCCAGAAAGGUUAAGCAACUUCCUCAAAAGUUCACGUUCGGCGUCAAACAUAUUUUCAACCUGAGUUGCGCUGAUGUGAAGGGAAACGAUAACGAUAAAGCUCGCAGAAAGAAAAACAAACGGUUUUCUACCAGUGGCAGAUCCACACGGAGGCCAGAUGUGGAUGAAAAUUCCAAAACUGACAAUGAAUUGAAUGGUGUAAUUUCUUCGCAAAACGAUGACCACUUCAAAGAUGAAGUCCAACAAAAGAAGAAGACAAUUUAUGCACGAGCGAAGAUCAUUGAGAUAGAUGACAUAAUGGAUGAUUAUUACCUGCACGAAGUAAGGAAUCAGUUGAUGUAUUUGGUGUCUGAGCUAAUAAGUGGAAGUCAGGUUAUCAAAGAGGGGAGGUGUAAUUAA